UCUUAUAUAGCAUUAUUGAAUAGGAUUUCGGACCUGAUAAAAUCGCACAUAUUAAUCACUUUAUACGGUGUUAAAAUGUUCAAAUGUUGUCAAUUUUUGCGGUAUUAAAGCACGAUUAUCAAAAUCGGCCGUACAAUUCGUAGGUAUCGUAAGUGCGUGUGAUUGCCCUCUAGCUGAUAUUAUGUGUAAGAUUUUCAUGGUUACUAUAAUAAAGUUAAGUGUUCGGGUUUGUGAUGUGGUCGGUAUUUUCCCUUCGUUAGGAUAGUAGAAAAGUUGUUAAUGCCAGGAACUUUUAUAUUAGUAGGUGGUAGAUGCAGAUAUUGUAUAAAAUCGAGUGUUUAUGCUUGUGAUGUGGUCGGUAUUGGUUCACACCGGAAAUCUAGCGGUGUUGGUAAGCUAUUGCGGCUAAUCUGAUAUGUCAACACUAGCGAUCAUUCACUCCACAUCAAUCAGUGUUGACUGAUGAGAGAUAUAUCUUGAGCCAAAUUUUCAACCACUUGGGUCUCUCAUAAUAUACUCCAUCAUAGUACUUAAUAGAUUGCCCUAUCUAUCUCCAUCAAUUACCGUUGACUGAUAAACCAUAACUAUAGUCAACACUGGUCUCUGCUUUCUAGCAAAUUAACAGUUGCUCUGAAAAUAUGCAGAUUAAAUUAGAGAAAUUGCCUAUUCAUUUUAGUCAAAUGCCAUUCGCUGAUAUACGAUAUUCAACAUUGGAGUGGAGUUUAGAUAUCUCAACAAAUAAAUACCAGUUGUUCAUAUAGACAACGUCUAUAGAUGAAAUUAGAGAUCUCAUCAUACCUUCUAUAUUGCCCUACUACCGAUUACUGUUGACUGAUAUAUAAACACUGAAGUGGUUUGGAGUUCCCAGCAAAUUAUCGGCCUCCAUGUAGAUGAAAUUGGGGAUUUCUGUCAUUUAUCGCCAGACCCAUCUCGCCAGGCUAAUUAAUACUACCUGCAUGAUAUUGACAGCUUGAUAUGCCUGAUGUAGUGGCAACAUAAAAAUUAUUAAAUACUCAAAAUAAAACAUAUUUCCUCGUGGUCACUUGAAAACCAACUAACUUAAAUAAAGACGUGUUUUUACUAAAUGGGAAGUCACUCACUUCAUUAGUUGAGAAUUACAAAGCUAUUUAACUUCCCAAGUUUCCUCCCAAAAUCAUUUCCUAUAAUAUUACAAAUCGGCUGCUCACAGCGAAAUUUAUAUCAUGCUUAGAUAUAUCCCUUAUACGUAUAGCAUAUUCAUGGUAUUUAUAUAAUUAUCCCAAUAUAACUAGCUAGUACUAUAGCUGUAUGUGUACGUAUAUAAAUGUAUAAUCAAGCACUUUCCUUAUAUGGUUUUGUAAUGCUGAAAAUAUUAUAGCGUAUGCUGUAAAGCUCGUCAAUUAUACCCAGCUAAUAAAACUGUUUACUUUCAUUGCAUAAUCAAUACAGGAUAAACUAUUGCACUUUAUAUCUGAGCGGAGUAUUUGCUCAUGAGAGAAUUUUUUAUUGCUGAGUACAUAGUUUUAUGAAUGCAAGAUAAACUUAAUUUAUCUAUCAUCAAUCCAAGGUGUUAAGCACUUUUCGAGUGCUCAUUGUGAAAAUUUAACACCUACCACAUGUGUAGUGUGAAUUACAUGCUAGCGAGGACACUGAAUCACUAAUUCCGGAGAAAAUGUCUAAAUUUUGACACAAUUCAUUGAUGUUAAAUAUACACUGCAUUAUUUGUCUAGUAAAUGUUGCUCUUUCCAUGUGGAGAAUAAAUAAAACCUUCCGGUCAAUAUUUGAGAAGCGCGCGUAAAACAAAUAAAAGCUGUUCGUAGCUGGAUAUGGGGGAUUAUUCCUAGCAAGUAAAGACGGUUUGUGUUUGUAAUUGAGUGGAUAUGAAGGAGGGAGGGUAGACCUCAUCAACGACACUAGGCAGCUUUCAAUUUCCCAGCUUGGGGGAUUCGAAAAGUUUACUUGUAAAUUUAAUUUAUUCUCGCUGAUCUAUCGCUCUAUAUUGACACAAUCAGCUUGAUAGGGCGGAGUUUCUCAAUUGCCAAAUUUAGCUAACGGUUUUUCUGUUCAUUUUGCGACACGACUUGCCGCGAGGGAAUUUCUUCAAUACUAGGAACAGGAAAUUUUCAGGUUAUUGAGUUUACAAUGCGACUAGACCGCCGCACUCUUAGAUUGCAGGUUGUUUGUUACAUUCACUGGCUACCGGCUCUCAACAAUGUUUGCGAUUGUUUAACCCAACUGAAACCUUUUUAUUCCUGUUGUGCGGUUAAAUUGACUAAAUUUUAAAUGUUGUCGUUUCCCAAUACUAAAAAACGAAGCGAAAUCUUCGCUUGGCGUGCUUAUGACGCGACGGGAGAUCACAAGAGUAAAAAGGCAAUUAAAAUUCGGUUAAGAAAGAAGGAUGCGGGUUCCUUAUUCAAACUACUUAAAACCCUCUUGACUUUGAAUAUCGAUAUCUAACUUAAGGCCGUUUCUUCUAGAUGGGCGGUUUAUUGGAUGCCUACAAAGUGCUAUCUCUAGAUCUUUUGAAUUGCAAUAGCUUUGCCUGACAGAUUAAAAUUGAAAUGAGCUAGUUGAGAACAAAAACAAUGCGAGUCGGUACAAGGCCAUAGCUAGUCACGAAUUGUGAAUAAUUAACGAACCGUAUGCAGAGCUGUGAAAUGAAAUAUGAUUGGUUGCGAGCGACAUCCGUUCAAUAUGCCAAUCAUUAAAUAGCGAGUUGUGUUUUGAAAUUCUCAUGCUGUGAACUAACACAGAGAAAUGCAGAUGUUUUGAAAGAGGUGUUCCUUCACUCCUGCUUCAGUUUCACACAAACCGUGGAAAUUUGAACAUCACGCAGAGCGUCAAGUAAAGUCUUGAAGAGCGACACUCCAACAACGCAGGUAUACGUUGAUCUCCUCAAGACACCUGAUAACAAGUUGAGAUCUUACGUCUCAUGCGAAGUUGUCUAAACCUGAGUAUUGAGAAACAGCUUGCUUGAUCGUGAAAACACUGCGGGUUGACCGCCGUAAGAACUGAGUUCGUGAGUUGAGGUAAUUACACGAGAUCUCACGCGAAUACUUAUCGUGAAUAAACACAAUGUCGAUUGCUCAUCAGCCUACAAUCGUCUCUACUAAUCACGCGACAGCUCAAGGAUACCCAGAACGUCGACCUUCCCAUGAUUUCAUUUACGCUCGUGAAACAAUUGCAGCGCCACCAUCAUCAAAUCAAAACCCAAUUCGAAGUGAAGUUCGAAGCACAGGAUCUAAAGUGAACUAUCCUUCACACAGUAUGUUCACAACAGGACCUGUAGUCGGAGCUACUUCCAUUCCAAAUUUUCAUGCGAACUCCAUGGUUGACCGUUUCGAUACUCCACCACCUCCGCCGCCAGGAGCUCCUCAUACGUUCUUCCAGUUACCCCAUCCUCAUGAAGCUACAUCACAUUUUCCCAUGCAGGGAAUGAACGGUUAUGGCAAUCCUGGUUAUAGAAUGACGACAGGAGGGCACAACGAUUACUAUACUAGAGACGAUAAACCUGACAGCGUACAGCUUCCUCCUCCAUUCCCUAACCCAACAAGAUUCGAGUUCCUACAGCCUUUCCCUCAACCGCCGUUUCCCUAUCCACCUCCGGGCAGACAACUGUUAAACCAAGUCAUAGUUUGCCAAUGGAUCGAACCCAGCGCCAAAGGCAAACCGUGUGGCAAGCAGUUUUUCCGUAUGCAUGAUGUUGUGACUCACCUCAGUGAAGAUCAUGUUGGAGGCCCUGAAGUUACAACUCACAUCUGCUUAUGGAAAGGCUGUGUGAGGAAUGGCCUUCCUUUCAAAGCAAAGUAUAAGCUGAUUAACCAUAUUCGUGUUCACACUGGGGAGAAACCGUUCCCCUGUCCCUUCCCAGGCUGUGGUAAACUAUUUGCAAGAUCAGAGAACCUAAAGAUACAUAAACGUACGCAUACGGGCGAGAAACCUUUCAUGUGCGAAUAUCCCGGUUGUGAUCGAAGAUUUGCCAAUUCCAGCGACCGAAAGAAACAUUCUCACGUUCACACUUCAGAUAAACCUUAUAUCUGUAAAGUUGACGGUUGUAAUAAGAGUUAUACUCAUCCGAGUUCACUGAGGAAACACAUGAAACUACACCAGAAAGCGAACGAUCUAGCUAAGUCAAUGACAACUAAAGACGAGAAACCCAAUCUGACUGCGAUACAGCACUAUCAACCAAGUUCUAAUUUCCCUCCUAUGACAGACUGGUAUACACGAUUCCCUCCAGCGACCGCCGUGAGUCAACAUGACUAUGAAAACUCUGUGUGUAUCACACGAUCAUCGGUAUAUUGACAUUCAAGUGACUCACAUUCGAACACCGGUUCUUUCAAACGAUUUGCAGACAUUAGCAUCAACAAGCGCUGGUUCUAUCGGACGAAAUAAGCACAUUACAAUCAAAGAACGUGGCCAAGUGGGUUCUUUCGAACAAAUUUAGUUAGGUUCGAAACGAAUAUAUUCAAGUGGCGAACAAAGAUGGUUUUCUACCAUGUUUCAAACAGAAUUCAUUCACUGACUGUUUGCCGGAAGUUCUUCAAGUACUUGACCGCCAAAUGUCUGAUUGAUCGAGAAGAUAAAAAUAUAAACAUAAAAUAUCGCCAAAAGUACAAGAUGUACUCAGAAUUGGACAAAUCGAGACUUGGUGUGAUCAGAAUUAUAUCUGGUUUAACAUUUCUGUAGAAUCUUUGACAAAAUAACAAUGAACACAUAUUUUAUAAAAUUGAAUUGUAUAGCGGACAGAAAGUAAGUUAUUAAGAAACGUUUUGCGCCAAUAAUUUAUACUUUGAGAAAUAUUAUAACUAAAUGUCGUACAAAGCUGAAUUGCUGAGAAUUUUCUUAGGACAGUCAAAAGCUGUAAAGGCCAUUCGCAAUAGUGAUUUACAAAUUUUAAAACAUAUUUUAUUUAUCUGUUUACUAGUGAGGCUAUAGUUAAACUUGAGUUUAUCUCAUAUAGGUUGAGAUUAUUCUUUUACGGUUUGAAAUAGAUUUGUAUUGUUGCGGUUGGCCUAUUCAGCUUUUCUAUAAGCGUGCUUGGGACCUUUGAUGAAUAUAGUCCUUUCUUACGUUUCUUAGUAAAUUUCAAAGCGGCAAUUAUGCUUUAUUUUAGAUCGGUAAUUCAAUACAAUUCAGGUAAAUAAAAUCAAAAUGUAUAUGUCAUUUUUUAAAGCAUUGCCCAUGUAAAUACAACAUUUUCCUCUAUGGAAGACACUGCUUAUUGUGGUUUGUGUAUGCUUAAAUUUUAUCUUAUUUCAGCAAUUGCUUUAUCGCAAGAUUAGCUCUGAUAUCUAGACCACACAGUGAAUAAUACUGUCAACAAAAUCUAUGUGCAGUUAAGAUAUGUCUCCCUAAGAAUGAAAAUUUCUGAAGCGCUGGCCUCCCACAAGUAAUAAUAAUUGAAGCCUUGAGAACUGUAGGCAUACUGAUAUCUGGCUAUGUCUCCCGCGCUGAAUCAUGAUAUAAAUAGUGUUUAAAACUGAUCUCAGUUAAUCCGUUUCCGAGGCUGAGAAAAAAGUCAAUAUCCUUGAUAUAAAUGUGUGCGUUAUUAAUAAAAAGACAAUUGAUCAAGGUGCUCCUAAAUCGAAACAGUUUGGAGAAGAGCGUUUUGCCAACACGGCCUUAUUUACAUUUCUAAUUAAAAAUUAGAACACAAUUCAUCAAAGAACGUUUGAACACGCGAAGUCUCUCGAUCUUGUCACAGCAACUUAAACCUUGAAGUAUUGUUAACAACGAUUUGUUUGCGAGGGCGCAGUAAUUUCCCCCCAAAAUGCACAAUAUUUGGCAAGCGACGUAAAUUGUGUUUUAUUUUGUGCACAGUAGGCAAUGUACAAUUUUCUCUUGACGCGUGAUUUAUUAUUAAUGCAGACUUAAAAAAAAUAAAACAUUUCAUUUUUGUCAAAGUGUUUUCUCGUAUAUAGCUGAACAUUCCCAAGAUACAACAUAAUUACCACGCCAAUCCAUGAAAUAUAGCCAAAAAGUAUAAAUAUGUACUAUAAGUAUAUCUUCAUAUUCAUUUUAUUGAGUAUAAGUUUUACAUCUCCCAAUGCGCACGCUAAUAUUUGUUUACAUACAUAUCACUUCGUUUGAGUUGAGCUUUGCACGGUAAAUAUUUUUAUUUACGUUAAAUUCAGCAGCAAAGUGCUAAAGACGUUCCGUUGAUUUGUGUAAUGCUAUAGGUUUUGGUAUGUUCCGCACAAGAUAAUUAAAAGGGUUUAAUUUUUUCAUCGGAACCAUGACACCAGAAGGUCCGCUUUUCUCAAGUCCAUUUUGACGUUCAGCACGAAAUAUAACCUCAUUUCAAUCGGUCACACGAGUGUAAUAUAUAUUGAGGAGACAUUGACUUAUUUAAUAGCCAAGCGGUAGAAAUCUUCAUCGUUGCACGUUGUAAUAUAUACCACUAAAUAUUACUAUGGUCUAUAUAGAAAUUCAUUAAACGAUUGCUUAUUAUAAAAACUACAUGCAUUACUAUUAACUGCUUGUAGAAUCGCAGAGUUUUAAAAUUUGGUUUUAGCUUGGUUAGAGUUGUCCACAUAAGCAAAAUUCUGAACAAUUGAAUAAUCAAGUUUUUUUAGUCAAAAUACUUCGGUGCAGUUAUAUACUUUUUAUAUUCAUUAGUCAUUACAGUGGGAAUACGUUAUUUUUCAUGUGUCGAACUUUAAAUGUAAGAAAGGCUACACUCCCUACAGCCAAACAGCCUCCCUAAUUGUAAAGAAUUAAGACACGAAAUUUGCUUAACUCAAAAUUGUUUAUCAAAAUACAGCGUUCAGCCUUUUGGUUUUAGUAAACAAUAUUUUACUAUUUUUAUCAGAAAAUCUUUCAAAAAGCACUUCGAGUAAGUAGCAAUGCGGCAUCUCUUUAGUCAAGUACCUUUUGCGGCUUUCUAAGAUGAUUGUCAUUGAUGAUGCAUAGUUUGAUGGCCGUUUAUAAGCCGAAAUGAGUUAAAAAAUGGACAGACGCUUUGGCUGGCCAUAUAUGUCUUGUCUGCAGAGAGCAGAGAAUGAGCGCAUAAUGCUAUAAUUUUCUCAUAACAUGCAAUUUAUAGCUAUUUUGUUGUAACUGCAAGGCAGCUUGAGCAAAAUUUUCUUAUUACGAACACAAAAUCUGGGGCUUGUAUGAAAACCUAAAAGAGACAAUGUCACACAAGAGGAACUGCAUGUACAUUUUAUUAAUCUUACGACUGUUUUACUUAAAGCUAAGUGUAGUUAUAUGUUUUUAAUUUUGUCGGUAUGACAAUUUGCGAAUUACGUUCCUCUUCUAACGAUUUCUCUUUGUUAUUACGGAAUGAUCGAUUUAAAAUGAAGAGAAGUUUUACGUUGCAGGUCACGGAAGGCUCUCGCACAGUCCAUACUGUUAUUUACAGAAGCAUUCUUUGCGUAUAAUGAGCGUAGAUUUCGCUUGAUGGCCACGUUAUGCCAUCGUAAUUGUCAGCAUAAUAGUGUUGAAUUUAAGGCUUAGGCAUAUGUGUUAGUAUUUGCGUUAAAUUAGGCAAAGAGCAAACACUACGAAAGUGUGAAUGAGUUUAUGUAUUGUACAAUAAAGCUGUCGGCAAAUAAAUGAAAGAUAAUUUGCAGAUAGCUAUUUCACGGCUGAAUUACACCCACGCAGCAUAAUAAUCUCGCGGACUUUUGCACAAUUCUACAUGUAAUCCAAAAUAAAACGUUUGUUUUCGGUUUUUGUACUUUCAGUUGAAAGUUUCGUGUGAGUUUUACCACACGUUUUCAUCAAUUGAACCUCCUGUUGAAGUCCUACUGGGAUUUUCAUCUUAAUAUCAUUGUGGUGUAGCUUUAGCUCUCUAUGGUGCAAUGUACAUAAUCGGAAAUUUUUUAACUCAUUUAAAGUCAAGAUUACUUGAUAUAUACUAUUUUAUAUAUAUUCUGCGCGAAUUUGUUGGCGAUUACACAACGCGCUUCUAGAAGCUAUUCUGUUUAUUAAGAAAUAAAUAUAUCUUAGUUCUUUUCAAAAAUGGCAUAAUACAUUUGGGCGGUAUUAUAAUAGAUCAAAGGCGUACCGACUCGUAGUUUGUUUCAUUAAUACCGAUCACUGUGUUCAGUAAAUGCCGCCCAAACGCAACGCUAAUUUAACUAGGAUGUUGCCUCUCUUAUCAAUUCUUUAUCUAAAACGACAUUGAGGAAAUUUUCUUUCAGAAAACAGAAAAUCAUUUGAUUUUGAAGAUUUUUUCUUUGAAUUGAAUUCAUUCUUCAUUUCUGACUAAAUGAUGCGCGUUUGGCUUAUUUAAAGUUGAUUACCGAAAAUAAUUCGGCCUGCAUUAGGCCAUCUUUUUGGCAAGAAAAUUGUUUUCCCUGUUCUCUUUAAAAGUGAACGGAAAUUUAUUACACAAGAUCGACUGAACUUUAGAUUAGAUUGAAAAUAUUAUUUCACCAUGGUUCUAUUAACACAGGUUUUCGUUUGCCCUGUUGGAAAGCUGUUGUUCUGUGCGUGAGGCCUAGUUUUUAUUGUGCUUGGAAAAUAGGAUUUUCCUUACUAUGCAUAUAAACAUUUAACCUUGUAGUAUUUAACUUGAACUCGUAUCUUCUUCAAGUCAAAAUUAAUAGAAGCACCAAGACAGCAAAUGAAGAAUCGUAUAAGUUAAAUAAUAUGGAUAGGUAAAGUUGAAUGUGUAUAGUACUGUAUUAUGAAACUUAAGGUCCAAUACAGGUAGUUUUAUUAAUUUUCUAAAAUGUAAACUACAGCUGUUUGUUGGAAAACAUAUCAACAGUGAGGUCCAGUGUAGUAAUAUUAGUCACGUCUACAAUAUAAAAUGAGUUAUUUAGUUCGUGCCUGAAUUAACAAAACGAAAAUGAUAUCUCCUCCAUGGGCUCCAGUUGGUUUGUGUUGGAAUUACCUGAAAAAGAUAUCUCAAAUGUGAAGAUCCAAUGAACGUAGUUUUCUGUUAUAAGCUGCCGUAUAGUUUGAGCCUGAACAAAUAAAAAGAUAUCUCAAAUGUGAGGUCCAAUAUAGCUGUGACGUAGUUUGUGCCUGAAACGCGACUAAAACGAUAUGUCUUACUUGGAGGUCCAGUGCAUAGAUAUCUUAUAUACACUAGAUAGUACAUCUAAUUAUUGUGCAAUUCAAAAAUUGAAGCCGUGAUUGCAGACUCAGGAUAUUCCCAUGAAAUGAGAAGACUCGUAUGUUUUCUAUUUCUUAAACAGGGAACUUAAACAUUAAGUUAAACCUAUUCCAAAUACAUUUUCGAACUAUUCAAAUGGUGAAAGUUAUUGUUGUCUUUUAAGCGUUUAUUAGCGAGUGGGAAACUCAAACAUGGCCGCCAUUUAUUCAAAUGGGGGUAACCGCUGGAAUGUUCUUAGCUUCAAUUUUACUAAAAGAGAUGCGCUAUCUAGUGUAUAUAUAUAAGAUAUCUAUGGUCCAGUGCAGGUAGCUAGUACUCUACAACAAUCUGCCAUGGUCUACGUCUGAACUAUCUGAAACGAUAUCUCAAACGUGGGGUCCAAUGUCUAGGUAGUAUGAUUCGAUAAAAUAUGCUGCCGUGGUUAUAUAAUCUGAACUACCUGUGUUGGUAGUGUUCUGCAAUACAAGCUGUCGUCGUUUGUAUCUGACUAUACCUGAAAAAGAUCACGACACUUCAAACUUUGGAGCUAUAAGUGUUCGUGUUUCCUUUAUAGAUUGUUCACACCCAACCACAUUAGAUCUAAUACAUGCAGGGCAUUAUUUUAGAUACAUGCAUUGUAUAAUUGUUGGUUUUAGAAUUUAAUUUAUUGCACAUUUUCCACAAUGACCUCUUUUCCAUGUUUAACUAUGGCGAUGCACAUGAAGGUUAUAUCCCCAUGUUCCGUGUAUAAAUAUGUUUCUCUUUGAUCUUGAGCCCAAUCAGAAACCUACCCUAACCGUAUUGUGCGCAAAACAUGUGGAAAUAUAAAAACGAGGCCAUUAGAGCGAGAACGCAAUAAACAGUAUACCGUAUAAUCUCAGAUAAGAUAUGAUUCUCCGAAUACGAAAACUGUUCCUUCCGUUCGCGAAACAAUUUGUAAGAAAUAUAGAGAACAACGGGGAACUAGUAUGAACAAGAUUAACUUUAGAAUCUAUCUUAAUCUUACUAGUGCCAUAACAUGUUCACUCGUUUUUAAAUGUGCAACUAUUUAUUAUAUUCUGUAUUGCAGGUCAUAGUUUUUUAGGCGGAAUGUAGAGAAAUGAGGUCAAGGUUUUACUGCCUGGGUUUAUCCGAAAAUAUAACGGUUUGCCAACACAUUAAAUCAUCAAUAUCCUGUCUUGUGCCGUUUGAUGUAAUAUCGACCUGUCUAUAAGUGAUCCACCAAGUGUGGUCUAGUUUCUUUGAGUGGGGAAAUCUUUUCUUGACUACAAUAGCUAACAAUUGUAGUAUAUUCAUUAUAUGCAGCCCUGCCUUCACCGCGGCCUUAAUUAAUUUUGCCAUUCUCAAGAGUAGGGCGGGGUAAAGAUAUUUGUAUCUGUAAUAUUUUGUUGACUGCAAGACAUAAGGCGGUUAGUGCAAAUUCAAGAAUUCACUGUACAAGAAGAGAAUGAUGCAAAAUGUCUUCUAAACAGAAAAACCACAAAAGUGCUCAUUCUUUUGCAUAAUUUUAAAAUAUGUACUGAAAUGGAACUUGAAUUUCACCCUUUUACAAAGGUCACUUCAUGAAUUUUUUAUUAACAAUGCAAAAUUGGUUCUCAAGUAUAUUCCAAAUGAGCAACUGUUGCUUGUUGAGAUGAAUAAAAUGAUAUAACCAUUUAUUUUUAUCCCAAGAUGAAGGUCUCAGGCCAUAUAUUGCUUUGUCAUCAAGUUCCUGACGUAAAUAACUAAAUAAAUUGUAAUAUUGGACUGCAUUAUUCUUAAUAAAAGUCCGCAUUCAUAAAAUACUUUACAACCUGUUUGAUACUUGACGUGCAGUUUUGUAUAAUUAUAAUUAAAGCAUGAGCGCUAACAAUUCAUACAUUUUUUAGCCAGCUGUGUGUGCGUCACUAUUUUACACAGUAAUGUGUGGGCAACUGCACCAGAGAUCGGAGACAGAGUCUAUAGCUAAGGAUAAAACCCAUCAGCCUGAAAGCUGAUAGAAAAAAUCUCCAUGUAUUUCAUGUUGAUCAUGCAUGUAUAACCUAUAAUGGCACGUUAUACGCUGCAUGCUAUGUUUCGUGUACGAUUCGUAUUUGGUGCAUUUAAUAGUCCAAGAACUAAGCAAGGUAAAGUGGCUGCAUUACAAAUUUCGCCAUAAACUAAACGAAUUGUGGCGUCCGCACUAAUUUUCAUACUCCAGAAUGGCAAUCGUAUAGAAAACCUUGAGAUAAAAGAGAUUGUGCAUUUGGAUUGUCCCACAGCUUCAAACGAAUAAAAAAAUUUGAUUUUCUUCACGUUUCACCACUAUAGCAUAUUUUUAUGUUUAUCGAACAACGCUGGACCACCGGGUUUUGGGAGUGGAUACAUUCGCUUAGGUACAACACUAUUGUUUAGGUCUGCUUGUAUCUGAAUGAUUUUAUGAUACUCCUGUGUUGUUUUCUCCAGUCACUGUAGUGGGCUAAUUCAAACAGUUCAACUUAUAUUUAACCUCAACUGGAGUUCAAAUCUCCAACAUUAAUUGUAUUUAUACAACUGCUGUUUUCUUCUGUAUCUGAUCUUCCCAGACAAGUUAUAACUGUGUUAUCAGCAUGCUAAGGCGGAGUAAAUCCAGUUGAUAUCAAUGCAUGCAUGUUCGGUAGAAAUUUUCACGCAUAUUUGCUUUGUAAUCUGAACGUACAUCAACUUUCUAUUAUAUACUAGACUUGCUACAAGUCAGCUCGUAUUAUUUAGCUGCGAGCUUGAGAUCAAAUAUCUGCGCACGGGAGCUGAAGCUCGCUCAUUUCAGUUGUAUCCGCACACUCGUUUUACUCGUUACCAUAUGCGAGUGGACUAGUGUGGCAAGUCUACUAUAAUGCGUAAUACGUUUUCGUGCAGUAAUUUUAUUUGGAUCUCUUAUUACUUCACGUGCACAAAUUCCAAGAUCAGGGCAUAUUGUGAACAUUAAUUCCCUUUGAUUGUUUCAUCACCUGAAGAUUCGGUAUCCAUUGUGAUAGUAUUGCCUGUUGUCCUCAGCCGGUACAGAAAAAGUCACCCCCAUUAAUGUGCGCUGUGAGAGACACCUAUAAGUUACUAUGCAUGAUGAAUGAUUUCAAUUAGCAUCAUAGUGAUAACUGUUGGCAGGCGUCUUGCGCCAAAUUGUUACAAGAAACAACAUCUACUGAGUAUUAUACAAUACAACACGACUCUUGGAAAACGACAUCUAACUGAUAUAGUUUUAUAAUGUGCGAAUAAGUCACUGCAUGAUAUCUGUCUUUCACGUGCAUAACAUGUACAUACUACACGUGUACGAUGGGAAAUAUUUACUGUAUCUGUAAACCAACUGUAACUAGAACUUCAAGGGUUUUGUAGAUGGAAACUUCCAGUAUGAAUUUUAUACGUUUAUUAGACCUAACCAGGAGCAGUUGCGAAAAAUGCAACUAUAAGCCCUCUGGCACAAAUCGUACCUACGGUCCUCUGGUGCAGCUCUCUAACCAUCUCAGCUACAGAGUCCAGUUGUCGAGCAUGAAUUUGUGAUAAGGCUUUGUUAGGUCUAAUAAACGUAUGAAAUUCACGCUCGGAAUUUCCAUCUACAAAACCUUUCAACAGUUGGUUGUAUGGAGUGUGGAUGCUCAAUGCAUUGGAAAUCAGACUGAUUGAGGUGAUUAUUUCAGGUAUAUUUGAGGAGAUAUUCAAAUUCCGUAUCAACUGAAAGCUGUGUUUAAAGUAAGAAAGUUUGUAGCGUUUGCCCUAGGCUGGGUCAAAGUUUUUCCGUUUAAUUUACUAGCCAGGAAAUCUGGGCCCACUGAAGAGUUGACCUAAUCUUACCUGAGCCAACUUUGUGGCAAUCAAAACAGUGCAAACGGAUCACGCAAUUAUCCGUAGGUCAGACCUUGGUUCUGCAUGCUCUGGCAAAAUACUGUUGGUAGUCAUACAAGAAUCAAUGCACCUGUUUAUGCACAUACAUUUUGCAGGAUAGUUUAUUACUUUUGGUGACUGGAAUAUUUUUGACUAGUUAAAUUUUAACUUUGGUGAUUGGAAGUAAUUCUUUUAUCGGUGCUUAAGAAGAAGCUAUAGAGUUGCCCAGAAUUAAGAAAGCUCAUUUAUCAUGAAACGUUUUAGGAAUAAAACGAAUCCUAACAUGAUAAUUCUGGAUGAUAUUCCACGCUUAGGUUUGUCUUUUUAUAUGUAGACAUGUUUGUUGGCUGCUAUGCCUAGCUUAUGAAAUACAAGCGCAGACUUAUGCAUUUUGUCUGUGUUGGUGUAAUGUACUCAGAUGGAUAAUCAUGAAUUACUAGAUUACAUCGAUAUCGAAGGAACUAGACUCAGUUCCAAAGUAUCACAUACUCGAACCGACCUGACCGCGUAGCUCAGUUGGCAGAGCAUUGGGCUAGUAUUCCAAAGGUCGUAGGUUCGAUUCCCACCGUGGCCAGGUAUAUUUUCAAGCUUGCCCGGUGUGGAUAUACACUCAGGGUAACAUCACAAGCAUGAUAUCAUUAUGUUUUAUCAAUAUUUUCUAAUUAAUUAAGCCGAAGGUGACGCAGCUUAAACAAGCAAAGCUAGGACCCUCUUAAAAACACAGCCAAGUCGCAUAAGGUUGCCUCUGGCUGUCUCUAUACAAUCCAUUUCUGAUCAGUACCAGGAGAAAAACUGUUGAAGCACGGGAGAGAACCACCCACUUCAUACAUGGGGAACGGAGCAUCCGGACCCCUCCACUCUUCUUCAGGACUAAUUUUGUAAUUGUUUCAAAACUGAGGAGAAACCGAGAGUGUGGGCGUAACCUCUUAAUGUUUUCAUCUAUGACGUAAAAUUCACCAAAUCUGUGACUUUCAGAUUAUGAUAAGACGUGUCCAAAAUGCAUAAAACAGCGUUUGGGAGGCCCUAAAAUAGAACAUUUUUCUGGGGGCGUGGCCCUGGACGGCCAGAUGAUCAGACCCCCAAUUUUUUGGGGCUGGUUACGCCCCUAUUGAAGGGCAAAGUGAUACAUGUACAGGCGCCUCUCUACAGCAGCGGUGAUAGCAGAGGAUACGCUGCAGCGCACACUGCACCUCUCAUCUAUGCUCUCUGUUAAAGACUGGUACCUAAAUUGUGGCAGGAAGCACGAAGGUUUUUAAAGUUCUUCAUAUCGACGAUUUUUGACACAUUUUGCCAAUGCCGAGGAAAUAAUAUAUUAAGCAUUUUUAUGAUAAAAAGGUUUCAUGAUAGAAAUUAUUUGCUUCUUUUAAAACGAAAUUGCAAAUUGAUUAAAAAUAUUAUACAAAAAGUUCAAUAAAAGUUUAAUUUGAAAAAAUUGCUAAAAAUUUAAUGUUCAGCUGGCAUGUUGAUAAUAACUUCAUGGAUGGAUACACGAUAUAGUGCAACUAAAAGAAAUAAAAUAACAUUGACUGGAACCUAAACCAUGCACAACCCUGAACCAUCACUGAACCUCUUAUACCUAAAAUAACGGUUAGGAUUCAGGUUGUUUAGGGUCAGGUUUCAUUCCAUGUGCAUUCGCAUAAUUAGUGUCCAUAGGACGUGAAAUUAUUCGUACCGGCAUGAUAAUUUUCACUGUGGGAUAGAAUACGGCUAAUGUGUGAUAACUGUCAUGAAAGGUCUAGGAUAAUUAAGUUCACAAAGUCAUUUUACUUGGAACAAUAUUUUUAAUUAUAGUGUCGAUGAAUCAGCAAAUAUCUAGAAAAUUUCGCACACCCAAAAAUGUUUUCCCAUUCAUGCAUUAUACUUUGGAGUGCUAGUUUUCUCUCAAAAUAAAUAUAUUAUAGCAUUUCCGUUAUGGAACUGUUCGAUCUCAGCAGGGUAAACCUUCCUUUCUUCUUAGUGUGAGGUCUUUUUGCUUUUAUAAAAUUUUGUUUUGAUUUUUCAUUUUCCAUGUUUCUGCAAGUAGCAUGUCUCACAGUUUGACAUUCAGACGUCAUGCUAUGUUCAAUGUUAGCGAGUCUUAUUUGUUUGAAGAGACUCUCCAUUUUCUCAUCAAUUGCACGACAUGACGUCUUUCUACCUCACAGUUUGAAAUGCAGAGCGCUCUCUAAGAUCUAUCUAAAUCUAUUAGCGUUGUCAUUUGCCUUUCUAUAGCAUUUUAAGUCCAUCCUAUUUAUCAAGGACAAAUAUUUUUCUCCAGUGUAAUGCAGAUAAAAUAUCUAAAUAUACCUAUUUGUUUUGACUCUCAAAUAUGUAAAGUUGGUUUGUGUUUUGUAUGACUAGACAAAAUUUUCCUCUAUGACUUAUUUCAAACCUCUACUUUUAUUAUUAUGUAUAACUAUAUAAUACAAAUAUUUUGCUAACUGGGAACGGUAUAGAGCGUAAAUAAACAUGUUUGGAACAUUUUUAUUCAACAAAGAAGGUGGGAUUUUGAAACCCUACUAAUCUUUCAUUUGGAGAAAAUUCUCAAAACUGUUUACAUUAACUGCAGUGUCAUAGGUGAUGUUGCAAAGUUGUUUAUAUACUGCGCUGAAAGGUGAAACCAAUAUUAAAAAUGCCGAUCACAAACAUGAAAAAAUGACACGUUGCUGGUGUCCCUCAGGUCCUGCAUGUUAUUUCAAAUAAUAAUCAACGAACAAUCUGACAAUAUAUUAUAAAAAAAUGACAUAAUAUAAUCGUCAGUAUCAACAUUAAACAGCACCAAAAACUUAACAUGACGGAAAAUCCAUGUGUGAUACAUUAACGCCUGGCUAAAUGCUCACUCACACUCAAAGAGUGAGGUUCAAUCUGAGCUUCCAUUGAGUGUCAGUGCUGUUUUCGAAAGGCUGGAAGGUGAGUUGUCACAUAGUUAACCCUCCAGCUAUUCAAAAUCAGCACUGACACUCAAGGGAAGCUCAGAUUGAACCUCCACUCUUUGAGUGUGAGUGAGCUGUUAGAAUACAUGCGUAAGACUUAAGGCCAUGAAGUAUUCAGUAAAAUGAAACUUUCCUCAGUGUUGAUACUAAGACAGUGUAGUAUCUCUCAGAAUGCCAAGAUCCAUCUUAUAAAACCAAAUCACCAAUUAUACGUCUGGCGUGGCAUCUUUGCACGAAAUUUAAAUUUGCAAUAACACCUCUAGCUCCAGUAUAAGCGUUUAAAUCAACACGCAUGCAUCGCAUAACAAUAUCUCAAACGUAGGGGUCCAGUGUAAAGAAUCGUUAUACAAUUAAAAUCUCGUCGUUUACGUCGCAACCGUGUCUGGAAAAGAUUAAACAUUCGUUUAAAAAGACUAAAAACACUUCGUCUUCGGUUCAUUGUAUAAUGCUCUGGCACGGGGUGGUGCAAAUGCAGGUAAAAUUGUUGAAUGCAUAGAAAUCUGAUAUACACAUGGAAAUAAUAACGACAUUUAUCUGGGCUGGAACUAAAGCUGGACAUUUGGCCGAAAUAUAAAUGAAUAAUACGAGAUGUAUUACUAUAUUUGAGAUUAUGUACAUCAUAGGGCCAUGGAAGAAUGACAAUCAGGGGGGCAACUGAUACAUUUUCCCGAUUUAUUGUCGACGAGAAAGAUGGGAGUGAAGAAAGGGAAAGAUGGGAGGAGAAGAAAGAGGGGUAGCAAAAUUUUGGGGCCAAAAGGGCAUAACAUUUUUUACCAUAUUACACAUUUCUUGCAUUUACGACUAUUAGCUUACAUAUUUCUACCUUUUUCAAUUUACUUCGUAUUUUUGCCCAACCCAUAUUUAAAAUUUGCCCAACUUUUAUACAUUGUACAUUGUAUUCACACGAUUCUAACAAGAAUUCGUUUCACUUGUAAGUCUGGACGUUAACGUUGAAAACUGUCAUCAUCGCGAUACCCUAUACUGUAUGUGCACGUGGUAAUCAUCAUAAUCAUGCACAUGCAGGCUGAUCCCUUUUAUUGAUUUUUAACCAGCUUCUGUGAAUGCCCCGUUCACGUCCAGACAGGACAAGAUUAAUUUUGAUUCGUUUUCGGAAAAGGCCGUUCCGGUUUGUCGCAAAUCAAUUCUUGACAUUUAAAGUUAGACAAAGGCAUGCAUGGUGGAGAUGUUAAGGAAAAUACACUCCAACUACAAUAUAAUUGCUGCUAAUGAGAUUCUUUUGUUUAAGGUCCUCCAACAGUGCCGCCAUGCAUGACGUCAAGUGCAACCCAAGAGUAUCACUCAUUCAUUCACACAUUCAUUAAAAAAUAUUCAAAAACACGAUUCUUGUCUUAAUCAUCUAACUUUUCGUUAAAGUGUUGAACUGAACAUUUUAAAACUAGUUUUAUCCCAGCAAUUAUCGCUGACUUUAAUAGUACUUAGGGAAGUACAUUUAUUAUACCGAGGGGGGAGGGGCACAAAAAUCUUUUCUGCCAUUAAAGGGUGGGCUCUGAAAGUUCUCGAUAUACUGAAGGGAUGCUAUAAACCUUUCAAACGAUUCACACAAUCUACAGGUUGAUAAGAUUACAGUCAAUUCAUACAUUUAUAAUGCUUUGGUAGAAUUAGCUUUCACAUUCUAGUUUCAAUAUAUACAUAAUACAGAACAGAACAGAACAAUGUCAAUGAGCAACUAUAUGAAUUUUGACUAUUUGAGGCACUGCCGCAAUUAAAGGGGAUCGAGCUGCACAUGGAAUACGUAAAAGAAGGCCGCAACAUGUCUGUCAAAAAUGCAUUCAAAAGCAUGAAUAUAAAACAUAUCAUUCUUACAAUCGUUCUUUUUUUGUUUUUAAAUUGCUACUUUUUGGCGGGUAAUUAAUUACGUCACAAUCUUGGUGCCAAAAAAUUUACAUUUAGCUAUUGAUGAUUUUAUAAAUCCGGUUCGAAGAGCAGACUAAGGGUACUUUAAAACUGAAAUCUGUUUCUAAAUACAACGGUUACCAUUUUAUGGGAAGAUAUAUCGAUACAAAUGUCGAAAAAUGCGCCAUAUUGUUACUAAAAAUAGAACAAAAUCACGGCGGAGUUUUAGACAUUUAAGUCAUUAUAUCUUUGCAAGGAAUGGUUGUUGUAUUUUGAAAUCGAUUUCAGUUUUAAGAUGACACGCAUGCAUGCAAAAAAAUUUGCAACAGAUUCCAGGAGAAACGUUGGGUGGGGGCGAGGUUCUCUAGGGCUCCAGCACAUUACCCUGUUUUUUCAUAGUAUUAGUGCUGUUUAGUCAAGCUUUAACUUAUACUAAGGCCUGUUUUAUACGUGGAGUUUCGGUCGCGUCCAAUGCAAUUCAAACAAUAGAUAAUGAAGCUUAAUGAGGUUUAUCAUCUCAUUAUCUUUUGCCUUAAUUGCAAUCGACGCGACCAAAAUUCGACGUAUAAAACAGGCAUAAUACGUUCAAACGGUUUUAAUCUAGUUUUAGUCUGUUAAUUUAAAGUUCACGUUUAUCACUUUUCUUACCAUUCAAAGCACUCACUUGUUAAAAAUUAGAAGAAGGGGAAACCCUUCUACAAUUAGCUAUACUUAGUGAACCGAGUGUGGAUGUCCAAAAUCCUAAUAUUUAGUCAUUGACCUACAAAUCAGAAGAACAUAAUUAUAACGAAGAAGAUUGUUUAUUACUAAUAGGUUUUGUUUGUGGAAACACCACGUAAAUUUAUUUACGUGGUGUUUCCACAAACAAAACCUAUUAUAUUUUAUCACCAUGCAAACACACAAAGAACUUAUUAUUAGUUCUACUGACAAAAAAUGUAAAUAAAAAUAAUUUAUAACUUUAUAAAGUUAAUUGUAUUAGUGUACCUCAUAUAUCUUGAACCUGACAUUAUAUGACACUAUUCUCCUUUGUUAUAUUAGUUUGUUUUUUAAAUUUUUUAGGGUGGACUACUAGAAAAGCCCUGAUGGGCUUGUUAGUCUUCCUUCCAUAUGAAUUGUAACUUUAAAUUUUAUCAAAACUGUAACUGUAUAAUGGAAAAAUAAAAUAUCUAUCUAUACCAUCAAUGUAAAAUCAAUAUGGAUAGCAAGAUACUUUAAUUGUCUUAGCGAAGUAGCGAAUAGUUUGCUACAUUUUUGAAACAGCAGCAGUAUAGUCAGUUGAGCCGGGGCAGCACUUUUUGACAAGUUUAUAGCAGUAUAUAGUUGUAGCUGAGUGUAUAUUUUUAAAGUGCUGUAACGACUACAAAAAGUUGGACGUCGACCCAGUCUGGCAAAUAUCUCAUUAUUUUAAAUACCGGUAGAUUAAAACGUUUAAAUGAACAAAUUUGUGUGGGUUAUAAGGAUAUGUCUUUGCAUUACACGCAAUUACCAGCUUUGUUAAAUAAUUAUUUAAAGAAGACCAUAAGACCCAGCCUGGUCCCAGUCGUUCAGAAGUAAGCCUGAGAAAAAACGUGGAUAUAGUACGAGACUGGGACCUAGAUGUGACGUCACCGCUAAAGGUGCUUCAGAACAAUAGAUAUAGGAGAUCUAGAUUGCUGACGCAUACCUAGCGCAGGCGGGGCCUACAUGAUAAAUCCAAGAUGGCGGUACAACAGGGCAAAAAGACUAUAUAGAUUCUAUUACGAAAAUCAGGAUUUUUGCAUUUUUUGCCGUCCCAUUGUUUCGAAACUUAUUCGGUCAAAUUUUAUGGUAAAGAGAAACUUACCGCGAAUAUUUUGAGCAUAUAUAUGAUUGAAUUGGAUGAAAACUCGAAAAAUUAUCCAUCGAUAAAAGUUCGUGUACAGUACUGAUAUAGUACUAUUAAUAAAUGUAACUUGUACAGUUUUGCUUUAAUUUUGGCUCACUAUUUGCAUAAAAAGCAAAUUAUAACAGACCAUAGAUGAUAGACCCUCAUCCAGUGCUCUCAUCAGUUUACUUCUCUAAUAGGCAAGGAGGGGGGGGGGGGGGAACAGUUCAUUUUUCAUAAUUAUGAGGACAGAGCAGAUGAUGAUGAGAGAUGCAAGUAUAAAACACCAUUCACAAGGCUAGAUGUUAACAUAGCACAGUAUUUCUGGCAAUAAAACGCUCCAACUGACCAACUGACCAUUUCACACGAACAUUUAUCGCUGGAUAAUUUUGCGAUUUUUCAUGCAAUUCAAUCAUAUAUAUGCUCAAAAUCUCCGCGGUAAGUUUCUCUUUACCAUAAAAUUUGACCGAAUAAAUUUCGAAACAAUGCGACGGCAAAAAAUGCAAAAAUCCUGAUUUUCGUAAUAGAAUCUAUAGUCUUUUUGCCCUGUUGUACCGCCAUCUUGGAUUUAUCAUGUAGGCCCCAUCUGCGCUAGGUAUGCGUUAGCAAUCUAGAUCUCCUAUAUCUAUGUUCAGAACGCCUAGCAGAUUUCAGUAUUUUUAAUAUGGCGGAAAAUUUGCAUAUACAAAUAACCUUGUUAAUACGACAAUAUUCGUUGAUCAUAUUCGUUGUCUACAUAACCAAAUUCAAACUGUAUUAAAAAUGUGCUCAAUUAAAAAACAGUUUUGUUGUAUAAUCGUUGAUGUUAUUUAUAUACUCGCAAGUUGUGAUCAACACUAGACCAUACACAACUACGCUUUCUACUUGACAAGUUUAAGUAGCUGAGGGAAUUGGACAUAUUUGCCUUACAUGACUGUGUUGUCAAAACAUUUUUAGUCGGAGACUCGGCAGUCGGCAUAAUUUUCAAGCUUCUAGAUAGCAUUUAAUGGCUUUAUAUUUUAGUAAACACGAGUCAUAUUUAGCACGUUAUUCCAUUCUGACCGUAUGGUAGCGAUAUGUAGCCUAUUUCAUUGUUCCGACAGUAUUAGAGUCUAAUUACCUAAUCAUAAACGCAAAGGAAAUUUCCAUAACAUUUUCUAUUUACAAAUGCGGUAUGCUUGGUAACCAGGCCAGGGACCACUUUUGUGAAAUCAGGGACCAUUUUACCGAAAUCUGCUAGGCUCUCUCGCUGAAGCGUUCCGAACAGCACACCAAGGCAUAAAACUUUUAAAACUUAUUUAAAUAUAACAAAGCAGCGUACAGAGAGAGAGCCUGGGACUAGGCUGUAUAAGACCCAUUGCACAUGACGUCACAGCGCCGGUGAAGAUGCAUCUGGAAGACAAUUAAAUUAGCAAUCUAUGCAUAAUAUAACUUUUGUAAACAAAUCAAAUUUUGUAAAACUUUAUAAUAAUUUUGUAUUAAAAUGGUUGAUUUUUCCGCUGUAUGUGGUUGUUGUACCCGAACAGAUAUUGUUAGGGAGCAUCUGGAGGACACUCCAAGGAUUUGUGACGUCAGUACAACGGGCCUAUAUAUAAAGAAUAGAAAUAAAAAAGGUCAAUUUAGCGCCACUGAAACUAAUUUUCUUGUUUUUAUUAUUAACUGCAAUUUUGAUAUAUUGCAAUUUUCUGCCACUUAUAGUGACUAUAAUUAACCAAUGCAACUUAUUUUACAGAACAAACUGAACAACUUUGUUCACGUUCAGAUAAUGGAUCUAGCCUAUAUAUAUGCAACGAAAGUUAAUAGUAUACUAUAUAAUUAUAUAAUACAAAACAAUAGAUACUCCGAAAAUUGAAAGCAUUUUGAAAAAUUUAUUUCGACGUUUCGACUAAACUAUAGUAGUUCCCGUAAUAUAAUUAUAUAAUACUGUCUAUUGAAUAUAUGUAACUCGGUGGAGAUCUGAUAAGAACAAAUUGAAUAGCUGGUAAAGUACAGUAUAAUUUUUAGUCACAGAACCUUGGUAAAAUCGAGGUGCUAGAUAUAAAUGUAAGCUUGAUUAUCGAUUUCCUCAUAAUUUUGUGAGACUGCCAAUUCGGGCAAACACAAAGGCAAUCGACAAAAUUAUUAGUUAGAGCUAGAUAAGAAAUUAUAGCUCUCACUGAAUAGCAAAAAUAAUGUUAUUGUAUCAGUGAACACUGUAUUGUAUUGCAGAUAAUUUAUUGUUGCAAAGCUUUCGAUUUGUAUACUCCGAAUACAAUAUCUUCAUCAUUCGGUGUUUAAUUCCGAAUUUUCAUCAUCGACAUCGCGGUUGCAUUUUUUCUGAAAGCCAGGACAGGAGAUCAAUUAUGUUUCAUGGCCACGCCAAUUUCUCACGUUUUUAAAAACAACCUUCUCCAUAUACAUACUUGUUCGCGCUGAAAGCAAGCGAAUUUUUUUCGAUUCCAACAAAAUUGAUUGAAUUGUACGAGACUGCAUUAUAAUCGAUAUACCUAAAUAAUACAACAAGCAACCAUUUUUAAAUGGAAAUACACGAUCGGUGCGGGUGUAUUACUGAGAAAUUCUGCACUGAACUGUACUGUUGUCUUGGAUAUUUGUAUAUUUAAGUUAACUUGUUAAUGUAAAGAAGACUGCAUAGAGGCUUGGACAAAAACUACUGUCUAUAUUCAUUGUGUCUCUUCAUUUCUAUCUUCCGUUAAUGAAAAGGUUUGAUAUGCCGUGGUUUUGGUAAUUGUAAGUAGGCGUCCCCCGCGUGAGCUUGACAAAAGCCUCGCUAUAUGUGCACGUUGCACCUUGCCAAGAUAACAAGACAAAAGUUGCUUGUCGUGAAAGGAAAUUCAUUCAAUAUCGCAAGCUAAUAUUAAAUACGGUAGCAAAUUAUUUUGUAUCAGUGAAAAUACUUUAACAUCUUUUUUAAUGCAACGCCAACAAUCUAAAUUAAACCAUGCAUGAUUACCUUAAUUAUCGAUAGACUUAAUUUACAUAAGAAAACUCCUGAUUGCCGCUAUACUGUAUACAACUUAAAUUCAAAUAUGCUGGAACAAUAAUGAACUUAAUAAUAGUGAUAAUAACUAAAAUUUUUUAUGGAUAGCAAUUUACACAAAAUAGCGAUAUAACUGAUAAACGUGUGACGCUCAGUGAAUGAAAAAAUACCGGUAAUAGAUUUAUGAAUUGAAAUCAAGUACAUUCAAGUCUUUGGAGUGUAAGGAACUUUGAAAUAAAUAAAAUUGAAAUAUUGAAAAUUUGACAAAAGUUAGGCUAAAUUAUGGAAAAUCACUACUUAGUCGUCCAAAGCGGAUAUAACUGCUGUUUUGAGGUACGAGGGGUAUGCUAUAAUUAUCUUUACUGGCUUACUUGUAGCUGAGAGCUAAGGGCCAUUCCAUUUAAUGUCCACCCUACGGAUGAGUUUUUCUGAAGGGUGACUCAAAAAGUCGUUUCUGAGGGGUUAAGCCUGUCGGCAUCCUUUGAUCUCUGCGAUUAUUCUGAGGGGUAAGGGAAAAAUUUUGCAAAUUUCUGAGGGGUGUUUUGUGUCGGCACUUUGAUCUUUUUUUCUUAGGGGAUAAAAUUUUACUGACCUCAUCCGUAGGGGGGGUGUGGAUAUUAAAUGGAAUGGCCCUAAGCUGAAUUUCGAACUAGCCUCCCUCGCAGCCGCUGUUUGUGUCGUUUCUUAGUGAAAAGAAUGCAUGUUUACAUCAAAAUUGAAAGAGUUCGGAAGAAACUGUAACGUCUUUGACAUAGGAAAGCCGAACAACAUGUUUCUCAAGCUGUAUAAUCAAGGUGCAUUUCGAAUGACGAAUUUAAGUAUUUCCGCACGAUUUUAAAAAUUCGUGUGCAUUGUGGAGGUUAUAUUUUUACCUAAGAUUCAUAAAAGGCUUCGAAAUGUAGCAGGACGUCUGCUAUCUCCAAUUGUGGUACUUCAACAGAAAGGGUCUCUGAAUUCUUAGAUGAUCAUCUUAAACCCAUUAUGAAAGCUGGGAAGUCCUACAUUCGAGACUCUCUCCUCCGCAGAGGCUUACAUGAAGUUUCUAGUGAGGGAAAAGUGAGCGCGCGAUGAGUGAUGGGAAGAGCUAAAUAAAGGAAGCCUCUGCAGAGCCUCCCCAACUUCAUUUCAAUCUUCCCAUCACACCGCGCGCUCACUUUUAUUCAGGAAACUUCAUCUAAGUUAUUUGUAAAUACUUAAGGAGUCUCUGCGAAGGAGAGAGCAUUCGAGAUACAGGACAUUUUUUGGAUAAAUUAAAAGAAAUAGGUAAAGUUUCGGAAAAUGCAUUGCUUGUAACUGCUGACGCUACAAGUCUCUGUCCCAGUCCCCCACACGAGGACGGUCUGCGAGCACUUCCUACCAAGCUAAAAGAAUGUGAAGAUAGAAAAGUGUCAUCAGAAAGCCUUAUUAGUUUGGCGGAAUUUGUCCUUAAAAAUAAUUAUUUUGAAUUCAAUCCAGAUGUUUAUUGCCAAAAUUCUGGGACCGCCAUGCACAUGGGCACCAACUAUUUGCUCCUGCGUAUGCAUGCAUUUUUGGAUAUGGUAGAGACCGAGUUUUUAGAACAACAAGUUACAAGUGUUUUUUGUAAACCUACCGAUUGCCAUCAAUAUCUACAUUAUGAGUCAUGACACCCUGCACACGUUAAACGAUAUAUCGUAUAUAGUCAGGAUUUGCGCAUGCAUCAAGAAAAUUUGCUCGCGUACGUGAAGAGGAUUUUGAGAAACACUUACAGGAACUAUCUAGUAGGCUUAAAAUAGAGCAUAUCCAACAUGGCUCAUAGAAAGAUAACUUAAGAGGCUCAAGGAAUACAUGCAAUAUUGAAGAAAGUCAUAGACUUAGAGAAGAAAGUUGUAAGACAGGAGUGCCUUUAACUAUAGUUUUCCAUCCUUUCGUGAAGCACUUUGGUUUGGUAAUUAAGAAAAAUUCGCAUAGUUUGUACUUAGACAUAGCUCGUAAAGUAUUUACCCCAGAGCCGUUUACGGCGUUUAGUCUCCGAGCCGGCGGCGCGAAGCGCCGUGCGAGGGUACUAAUUCCCCCCGGCUAUUUACACCCGGGGAAACGAAAGCAUUAGCGAAGUCUAAAGUUCAUCAAUGAGCGCGGGCGUCGGUCACCAACGAUGGGUGGUCGUCCUCACUGAUCUCAAAAAUAUGGCGGAUUGUCAUGAAUAACGGACACUGAUUGGUCCAAUUUAAAGUUUGCAUUAUGACGACUGCAUGACGACAGCGAAAUAGCAAACAUUUCUUGAUUUGAUGAUUGAUCAAUUUCUUUCAAAUAUAUUUCAAUUUUGCUCGUAUUUCUGCAAGAUUUUGUAAAUUUCAAGAAAGAAAGGGCGAAAGAAUCAGCUAAAAGAAGGGAGCCGACGUUAACGAAGGUAAGUUUGUUUUAAAUAUUGAUUUAUAAUGACUUUAAAACCCGACGGCCUUUGCGUAUAUGAAACAACUAAACAAGACAGCAUAUAUAAAUUUCAGUGUAACUUUAAUAUUGAUUCCCUUUUUUAUUAUAUUGAAUUUUUUAAAUAAAAAAUAAAGCAAAGACCAAAGUUAUUUGCAAGCGAGAAUUUGAAAUCAUUUUAUGCAAACUCAAAGUUUAUCGAUAAAGCCAUUAAAUAGUUAAAGGCAGUUUAGUUUUAUAAAGAACACUUUAAAACGUUUUUUGAAUUGUUUGUGGUUGAAUUUUACCUUAAAUUGAAGCUUGUAUUACGUAUAAUUACAUACCUAACAUAUAUAUGUUGGGAAAUUGAUAAUUUUGUAAUUAAAAGUGAUAUUUUUAGGCGAUUUUCAUUUGUAAGAAUAUUCUUAAAAAAUUAUCGUGUUACCAUGACAACUACUCUAGAUACUUCCUGUUCGGAAAACACAAGGGUUUUGUCAGCAACGCGAGGGUUUCUGCAUGCAUGUAUUUUCUAGUACAAACCGUAAUUUAAGAAGCUAUUUAGUUAGAGUAAGGUACCACCAUUAGUAAGAGAGAAAGGAUGCAAGGAAUGUAAUAAACCCCUGGGUUGACAUGUCGAAGUAGUCAAGAAGCCGACACUUUUAGGUGGACAGCUGAUGGUAAACAAUACAAAGUGAACCAUCAUUUACUGUCGUUCCAAUUGAAGUGUUGCUCAAAUAUUGAUUCAAUACAUUACCUCUGGCUGACCAAUUCAUUUGAUCAAGUUCCUCGAGAUAUUCAUACACUUCCUGUGAAAGAGCUAAUUCCAAGUAUUUGAUCAUUUCUGGUCACUUCCUUUCUAUUUAUGGUUGGCUAGUUGCGCAAACAACAAAAGUGAUUUGUGCAUUCAAACUAUUCAACAGGAAGUUUACAAUUAUACUAGGAAGUGUAUGAAUAUCUCGAGGAACUUGAUGAAAUGAAUUGGUCAGCCCGAGGUAAUGUAUUGAAUCAAUAUUUGAGCAACACUUCAAUUGGAACGACAGUAAACUGUGACUCAAAGUGUGUAGUUUAUCUUUUGACAUGUAAAGAGUGUAAGAAGCAAUAUGUUGGUCAGACGACAGAUAAAUUCCGCUUUAGGAAUGAUUAUAAAUCUUGCCAAAGGAAAGCGAUGUCCAACAAAGCUCAUACCCAAGCUUUUUUCAUUCGCAUUUCUUAGGCGAAAAACACAAUUUGUACAAUUUAGUUUACCUUGAUGAAGAUAUGAUAAUAAAGUCUAAAUGUUGAAAAUAUUUUAGUGAUCAACUGAUAUAAAUGUCUUUUUGCCAGGUAACCUGAAAUUCUGGCCCUUUUAUAGGGCCUGACACAAAACCUGUCUAAACCAUGCGACUCCCGUCCAUCUGGUGGACGGGAAAUCUGUUUGGUUGAUCAGCAUCAUGAAAGAUUUUGAUUGGUUGCAAGUUCACACAAACAAUUUUUUUAUAAACAGCUCGAUUAAAGUAAUUCCAUUGUGAUUAUCGUAAUAGUAUUAUCGAAUUUCUUCGAAUUUCUUUUGUUUUAUGCUUUAUGGCAGAACAUAAAUCAAAAAAGAUUACAAAGUCGAAAAGUCGGGCAAAUGUUCAACAUAAGUCGGGCGAGGAGUGGGAAAUUAAAAAGGCAAAAAAGUAGUCAAAGCAAUAAAAUCUCUCUUAAAAAUAACCCCAGUUUGUUGGGCAGACAAAGCCAGUUCGGCAAUAUUCGCUUCACUGUCGGGCAAUAUUGGGUUAUUAUAAAAAUAAAUGGGACAAAUUCUGUCAAUUUUGCGGUAAAUUAUGUGAAUUUUAUGAUGCUUGGGAAAUGUGUUUGAUGUUCCGAAAAAUUUAGGUAUGUCCGAAAAAAUUUUGGUACAGUGACCAAAAUUUUUUUAACGCCGGGGUCAAACUGGUCGGGCACAAUCCGAAAAAGUCGGGCAAAUUUCUUUCCGCCCCCUAAUUUUUUCCUUCCGGUACGCCCAUGCCUCAUAAAAUAACCUUUCGAACGGGGGGAGGGCUCAAAUGCCGUCAUGACAUUACACAAACCAAAACAAUCGUAUAUUUACUCACCGUUUGGCCAAACAUUCUGUAUUUCAUAUCGAGAAAAAACUUGAAUAUCUUCUAAACUCUUCAGAUUUGCCCAAGUCAAUAGGAGUAACACACUCCUUGUAUUCAAGCGCUUUCGUGUAGAAAGUUUCGUUUGAAUACGGUGACUAAAAAUAUUUGUUUUGAAUUUUUCAAAAUAUCGGCUUUAAGGAGCACCAGUGGCCCAAUUUUAAAACGUGCAAAUUACGCUACAGGGUUAAUUUUUUUACCUUUAGUCUUUUAGAAUCGAUUUCCCUCGAUUUCCGACGUUUCCGAAGUGCUAGGCUAAACAUCGCAUUGUUUCAUUGAAAUGCCGAAAUUGAAGGUGCAAAAGUGUAGAUACAAACUUGAAAAUAACACUCUAAAUAGACUAAAACUGCCUGUACCAGUGUUGGUAGUACCAAUGUGAAAAUGCUGUGCUGAGUGGUUAUAUUACUACCUUAAAAAAUAAACAGAAACUCGACGUUUCGAGCGAAGGUCCAUCGUCAAGAGUUAGUAGCCCGCUACUAACUCUUAACGAAGGGCCUAGCUUCGCUCGAAACGUCGAUUUUCUGCUUAUUUUUUAAGGUAGUAAUAUAACCACUCAGCACAGCACUCUAAAUAGAGUCUUGGAGAUUGUGAUUCGAACAAGACUAUUACGAAAACGAUAUGUUGAAAAGAGCUGAAGUUAUAUUCGGCGAAAGGUAUGAUUAAUAGUUAUACAUUGUUUUAUACAUUGUUCGAGUACAUUGUCAUUGUUCGAGUAUGGGUAGUUUAUAUGUUAUGGCUAUUUUACGUUGUUCGAGUAUAUAGUAUCUUUCAGAGGAUUUUUUGGUGCUAUUUUCGCAUCCUACUGCACAUACUACGGAGCGGCAUCUGUUCUGCAUGCUGGCGAGUUUUUUGGUCAGAAUUUUCGAUUCGAAGUGCCGUGCCGUCGGAUCGACGAUCGGAGGUGGUUUGCCUUUAUCAUGUAUCAUGUGUACUGGUGCCAUCGAGUGCGGGGUCUCAGAAAGUGUUGGUCCAACGAAGGAGGAAUGGGGGGAGAGUGCACACUGUUGGAUGGGCAUGCAGGUCAUCGAGAAAAAGAAUGAUUAUGUUAUCAGACAAAAACAAUGCAUUGAACAUAAGAUCUGAACUGUUUAGCAAAUGUAGGCAUAGCAAUCUAAGCAAUCUAAGCGCGUCAGCGUAAACCGUUGUAAUUUAUUGCGAAAUUUAACCGUUGUAAUUUAUUGCGAGAAACAGAGGGGACUUUCGUCGACGCUGCAUAAAAUUAGUGUGGGCUCGCGAGAUUUUUCUCGCAAAUUUUGCUUUUCCAUGUUUGGCUUACAAUUUCUAAGGAUGUUGAAGUUGUCAGCAUUGUGACUCACUGGUUUUUGAAAGCAUUGGGUUUUUUUUCGUUGGAAGGCUUGCAGGCUAACUCCUCCACAACUUAAUGACUGUUAUUAAAGCAAAGCAAUUGAAAGGCAAACUUAUAUUUUUAUACGAAGAAGGCGAGUGGCGAUAUUUAUGUUGGACUGUUUUGACCAGAUGCUUCGAAGAACAUGAUAUGAUCGAACCUUGUAUCUUAAAAGUGUACUAGGAACAGCCGAACAAAGUGGUAAAUUUUGUUACCCGGUGUGUUGGGCAUCAUAAUUCACAGGAAUAGUACACAGCGGCGUUUAAGCUGGCUAUGAAAUAUCCUGAAUACUUCGUCGAGUUGUCUACCGCCAUGUGACCUGUGGUUUAAUGUGCAUGGCAUACGUCUUUGAAAGGGCUUUACUUGACUUUAAUCGACGUGUAAGGCAUAACUUAGGUAAGCCAACAUUUCUUAGUAAUGCAAGCUACAUUUUCAUAUCUUGAAUGUGUGAAUCUUGUUAAAUUUGUAAAAAAUUAAGCGCAAUAUGUUGUUGAAGAAAGUAUCGAGUGCUUCAUAAUAACGCUCAGAUCUUGUAUAUAGAGAUAUUCGUAUUUUAUUCAAAAUUUACCCUUUAUCACCAGUUUUUUCAUUCUUUUAUGUUAAAGUAUACAUAAUCCUUGACUUAAUAACACAGUGAUCUACUCGAUGAAAAUUGGGCGAAGGGGCGAUCUUUGCAGAGCAACUUGACCUUUGCGUGAAAUCGGUAGUUCAGAGACCCUAUUUUCAUUGUGGUAUUUCGUGACAAUUUGUUGGCCGAUUUCUAGUUUAUAUUGUAGAACGGGUUGCUAGUGAAUUAAAUUAAUUGUCUAUCUUUCAAACAGUAAUAAUAAGCGCGACUCCUUUUUGUUGAUGGAUGUUGAAUUCAUUUUAGACUUUUGUUCACAUACAACAUGUACACUACCGAGUACUGAAUGACUGUUUGCAAAGAAAUUAGCUUACAUCACCACCAUAAUUCAAGCUUAUUUUUAAAGUCAAAUAGUUUCUCCACGGAUAAAAGUAGUUUUUAUGGAGUCAAAAUAGGGCAACGUUCUAAACAAAUUGUUUUUAUUUGCUGACAAUUUAGCAUUAUAAUUUACAUAUUCAAUAUUGUUUAUAAUAUUAACAUUGCUUGCCAUUGGUUACUAAGAUGAACGUUAUCUACACACAACUUAUUAAUUAGUAUCGAAACCUACAAAGUUUUGUAUUGUUUGAUUCAAAAUUUCAAAUCAAUUACAUUAAUUACUAAAUAGCUCAUACUAUGCUACUGUACUUUACUUUAGUGAGAGAAGUGCAAAAUUGCUGCCACACAGGGACUCAUGUUGAGAAAGGUAAGAACAUGAAAAUAGCCAACAUCUUCUUCAACAUGAAAAUAGUCAACAUCCUCUGUUAAUACCACGUCCAAAUAUUUUAUUUUUGGCAAUAACCUCUCGAACUUCAAGGUUUGGUUGACCUGGUGGCAAAUGAAGUUGGCUGUACAAAAUGUUCCCAGUUUGAAUGAUUUGUUCAUAUCUGUUAACACUGCUUGUAAGUUCAUCUGAACUAAAAGGGGGAAUUCAUGUGCUCGAGAGGAACGCAGGGGCGAAACUUGAGGGGGGUAUGGGGGGUGUUGCACCCCCCCAAAAUACGAAUCAUCCCGAUUGGCAGGGCAAUCAAAGGUCUCUUAUAAAUAAAUGAUAGCACAUAGGCGUACCGGGCGGGGGCAAUAUUCGAUCAACAGUCGGGCAAUCUUGGUUUGAAAAAAAAAAUGGGACAAAUUCAGUCAAUUUUAUCUAAAUUUAAGUCAAUUUUUUAGCAAAUUGUGUGAUUUUUCGAAAAUUUGUGUUAUGUUCCGAAAAAUAUAGGUUGUCCGGAAAAUUUUUUUGACCCCUAAAAUGGUAGGAGGUCGCCAAAAUAAUUUUUCCGGAAAAAUUUUUUUGGUACUUUUUGGCAGGGCAUCACUGGUUUUGGCAGGGCAAUUCUGCCAGACACCCCCCUAAUUAAAAGGGGCUAGUUUCGCCCCUGGAGGAACGCUCUGGCGCAUAAUGUUCAAAUUAUUGUGCACGCAUUACUAGCAGUUGCCACUCCAAAAACACGUGUUUGACAUAAUCAUUCCUAACAACUGUUGCAAUUUUUUCACUGGUUUUGACACUUGGUUUAGAUGUUUUCCUAUUGUUUUUGCACACUCUCUGGCUUCUUCUUGGCAUGGCUGUUGUGAUGUUGCAGCACAAGAGUUUUUAGUAGCUAGACUUGCGAUAUUGUUAUUUUUGACAGCUUGUUUCAAUUUGGCACUGCUGUUUUGUCGAUGGUGUAGCAAUGGUGGUUUUGCUUGACCCAAGAUAAUAUGUUCGAAUUUAAUGAUUUAAUUGUUUGUUUCAAUUCUUCUAGGAUACUCUAACUGACUGACAAACCAGUAUUUGAAUCUGGUGUACCGUUACACGAUUCUUCAUCAUCUUUGUCAGUGUCGUUCUCAUCAGGGAAGAUAGCUUCAACAUUUUCAUCUUGAGGAUGUAGAAUGGCAAUUCUUGAACCUUUUGCGAAAGGAAUUGUUGGUAUAAUGGACAAAAACCUGCCUCUUGUAGACAAAUUGUGUGGAAGGAAUAACCACAACCUUCGAAAAUCUUCCAUGGUUCUUCAGUAUUCUCAAUCCUGCAGCUUAGGAGGUCACAUCUACAACUUUCGUCUGGUUCCAUAGAAGAAUGGCAGCCAACCGGAAGCACAGUCUACCUCAUAUCAACUUGUCCAAACAAAUCGUGCAAGCAUACAUAUUUUGUCCUCUUUUUGAUGGUCUUAGAUGCUGAUCCUGGAUGGCUGUGGAUCUUGUUGAUGACGGUGGUUAGAAAUUGUGCAAAUUUGGUCUUGAGGAACUGGGGUUUUCUCUGCUUAUUCAGAACACUAAUAAACAAUGUGUAUAAAUGGCUGCGUUUUAACUCCAAAAAAGCAAGCAACGCAGUCAGUAAUUGCCAAAUUUGCAAGUGCUCAUUUUCAACUAAAAUCGGAACAGGCAAAUUAAGACGAAUUUCAACAGAAAACCAGUCUCAAACUUCAAAUCAUGAGGGAGGUCGUGCAACCACAUUAGGAUUUAUAUUAUGUGUGCUUCGCUGUCGCCAUUGGCAUUGUUAUAAAUAAAUUGUCUCACUUAUCAGAUCGUGUGUGCAAUUCUUGUUGGCGGCGGAAAGUACGAAAUUUAUUUCAUUUAUUUCAUUUGGCAAAGAACUCUAAGAAGAGACCGUUCCGAGUCCAGAUCGUUUCGCUUCAAACGGCAAUUUAAUACCGCCUUCUGUUUCGCUCUCUCAGCGAAGCCUUGUAAAUUGGAAAGUGUUUCGAAUAGGCUUACAGCUCGCCUCAGCUAGCCAAUGGGAAUUUAGCCGGCGGUUCGGCCGGCGAAAAUCUAAAACAUGGGAUGAUGGUUGCAGGCCCACUAUCAGUUCCCUUGGGCCUGCACGCAGGCUAAUGCUAUGUGAAAAAGGUGACGUCAUUGAUUUUGCAAGCUCAUUAUAAAAUCCGCCAUAUAGGGUCUAUUACUAUUCAAAUAGCCAUAUGUGUUUUGCGAAAAUGACCAAAACAAGACAUUUUAGGCACACUAAUUUUGAUUUGUUAAAUUUGUAGGACAAUAUCCAUUUUUAUUACCAAUCACCUUUUGGACAAAACGUGGAUAUGACUAAUAAACGUACAAAAAGCUUUUUUAUAAGACACGGCUAUGAGUGUUAAAUUGCAUCAGUUUGAUAACGUAAACACUUAGACACGACGAAAGAAUAUUAUCUAUGCAAUUUGUUGUUGUUUUAACUUUAAUUUAUGUGACUUGCACUAGCUUACCGCAUGCAGGUUCCAAGUACAUUUUGAAUUGGUCAAAGAAGUGUUAAGUGUUUGAUAAAAACACGGUCAAUAUUUCCAUGAGCUCUUUCGUCAAUACUUUGCAUGCUUAUCAGACAUCUUCAAUUUUCAAAACUGGAUUUUUAUGAGCUUAUUAUAUAGACAGUUUUUUAAAACCAUUCCAAACAUUUGCGAUUAGAUACAUUGUGUUGUUGAGUGGAUAUAGAUAACAGUUCUGAAUGUUUCAAACUUGGGCAUCCCAAUAGCUUAGUGAGUCAGUGUCUUUGGAUUAGGUGUCUUAUCAGGUUAAAAAUCCGAGGCCAUAGGACAAUGUAGGUUAACCCAGCCAUGAAUUACCAUAUCUGAGACCAAUCAUUAAUAGUUGGUGCCUGGCAUAGCUCAUUCUCAAAUUGUUAUGGUGGUCAGGCUUGAUACGCAAUCGAUACGUUGGUGCGAUAUAAUCGUUAGCAAAACUAUGGGAUUAUAUGCUGCAAUUUCACACAAUUUGAAAUGUGUAGCGUCCCCCGUUCCCCCCAGUCAAUGUUGGGUCGACAAAAAUCUGAUGUCUGGUUGCAAGACGCCAACACUGAAAUGAAUCUGGGAAGUAGGGUGGAAACCAUUUAUCAGGAAAUGGUAUAACACAUCUGAAAGUGCAUGUGAAAACUAGAUUGGCCUAAUGUGUAUUGUCAAAGAUUGUAUAUUUAAACAGCAAACCAAGUAUGCGUUGAAAUUAUUACGGCCACAAAGCGUAUUGGCAUUAUCAUAAAUGCCAAUUACUUUUUUAAUUAUGCACAACGAUAAGUUUUUAAAGCAACUGAACUAUAAAUCAAACAAUGCAUAAAUAUUUAAAACAAACUUACCUUCAGGGCCUUUUUAACAUACAAGAUGGGGGCCCUUGUGCCCCCCCCCCUCCCCCAAUUUUCCUUAAUUGUUUAACAAAAUAAACUUGAAUUGUUGCGUUUAUCUAACACUAAGUAAUUAUAAAUUAUCGUUAAUAAACUGCCACUGACUAUUGCCGGCUGUCAGUGUCAAAAUGGCGUCGAUUGUAGUCAUGACAAUCUGAUACUUACACUCUUGAAAUAAAAGUAUGAUUAAAUAUGCUUGUUGCGCAGAAACGAAUACUAGAGAAUGAAAAAAAGUUGUUCCCAUCGUAAGAAACAAGAAAAGAGAGGAAAGUAAUAAUACUAGUGAGUAGUGGCCAUGCAAGUAGUCAAGAGAUACAUGAUCGCGAGCAGAACAAUUUUUGUUCAAAAUGAAGAUGAUAUAAAUGGAAAUGAAAAUCAAGGUAUGAAUUCCUUUAACGAUGAUGGUAAUAACGAAGCACGACUGUGAAGCGGUGCAAUUUGUAAGUUUGAUUUGAGACCAAAAUUGCACGACACAAAGUGCAAUUUCCACUUUACCAUAUUCAUUUGACAUCUUAAUUUUAAAAACAAAAUUUGUAAAACGGAAACAGUUCUUUGUUUACGAAAGACAUCUCCCUGAUACUCCCCUAAAUGCCGAAAAUUUUUACCAAAAAAAGGAAGAAACUUAUGGAUACUGCGAAGACUAAAAGACAACCAAUGUAAGUUUAAACAUACUAUUAUUAUAAGUUCUACUAGCAAAUUGAUAGGGUUUUGGUGCGGUUUUGUUCAUAACAUCAAGAAUGAAAUUAUACGACUACGAAUUACCUUGUUUAGUUGUUUUACCUGUGGCUUUAUUAAGGGGUAUAGGUAUUUUUCGAGUUAAGCUCUUCGAGUUGAGCCCUUUUCGAGUUGAGCCCCUGCCACACCCUUUUUCGCCGGGGGCUUAAGUCGAAGUCAAUUAACGAUUUAAGCAUUCUAGUUAAGCCCGACAUUCGGUGUAUGUAAACAAAUGACGCGUGUAUACUGGAAAAAAUAUUUGCAAAUAAAGACGGAGAAUGUAAAAUUUCAGCGAUUUUAAGAAAUAUAUUUUACUAAGAUUUGUGUUGUUUUGCGUACAGUUUUAUACAGGAUUUGUAAACAACACAGCUCAUUCAGGGCGGCAAUUACGGCUUUAAUUAAAAAAUAAAUAAUAUAUAGCGGCACUUGCAGAACGCAAAUCGUAUACAUGUUCAUAUGGAGUCGAGCUACCUUUCUGUUUUAUUCGCCGCAUCAUUCCUAUUCCUUUUGAAGCUUUCUCAUUCCAGAACCAUCCUCAUUUUUUGUGACAGUAUCUCACCAAGUUCAAUUUUAGGGUCCGUUAAUUACUAAGUUUGGAAUUCGUUGUCUUCAGCCAAUAAUCAAUUAUCUUUGUUAAGUGUAAGUUUGCUUGCAAGUAACUAUUGCCCAUUGGUGUACAUUUUCUAAGUCCACGUUUAUGUGUUCUUGUAGUUCGUCAUUUGUCUUGCCAUUGGUUGAAAUAUUUGUGUCGUCGGCAAACAUGCUUGCUGAAGAUGAGGUCAGGCAAAUUGGCAGGUCGUUUAUAUAUAACAAGAACAGAAGUGGCCCAAGAUUAGAACUUUGGGGUACUCCACAUUUAACAGUUCUCGUUUUGGACAUUGUUUGAACUACCUUGCAAAGAUAGAACUAGAACCAAGCAAGCGUAUGACCUCUUAUUACAUAACAAUGCAUUUUUUUGAAUAAUAUAUAUUAUGUUCAACACACUCAAACGCUUUCUUAAUAAACCCUUAUUCAUAUUCAUUAGCCAUUGCUUUGUGAUCUUAAGAAGGGAAGAGUGAUUUUUCCUAAAUGUUGCUUGUUGUUCUACAAGUCUGUGAUUAGUUUCAAGAUAAAUUUCUAGUUGCUCUGUAACUAAUCAUUUGUCGUAUAUUUUAGCAACUGAAGAUAGAACCGAGAUUGGCAGUGGCGUAACGCAACCGCUGGGGGCCCUCCGUCAAUCGGCCAUUUUGGGCCCCCUUUGCUCCACUAAAAAUAGGCUCCAAAAAUUUUUCUCGGAACAAUUUAUUUUUGGCGACCACCCAUCCCCACACCAAUUUCUCCACGGAUUUAGCCUUUUCCAGAGAAUGUUUUUUUUAAUUCAAUUCAAUUCAAUGAAUUCAAUUCCCCAGAAAUGUGCUAUCAAAUUUUUUAUGGUCAUUUUUGUUGGGGGCCUCCCGUCACUGGACACCCUGACACCCUCCCGUUACGCCACUGGAGAUUUGUCUAUAAUCAUCGCAAUUAGUUUUGCUUCCAACCUUAUGAAUUGGAUAAAUAAUAGCAAUCUAACAUGAAUUAUACCAGUGUUUAUAGAUGUUUACGGAUUGAAAGCUUUGCAGUAAUAAAUUUACGAGCUGUUUCAACAAACAAAACUAUUAUAUGUUUUAUCGCCAAGCAAACAUACAAAGAACUUGUUUAUAGAUGCGUUAAAGAUUGUUGUUGGUGAUGAUGCUAUUACUUCAGCAGCAUCUCUUAGACGUUUACCAGGUAUUUUAUCAUGCCCUGCUGAUUUGUAUGUUUUAAUUCUGUAAUCCAUGGCGCGUACUCGCCUCUAACUUUUUUCUUCUUUCUGGUGCAUGAAAAUCUGCAACCGACAAAAAUAUUGUUUUCCAAUUUUCCUACAUAAUAUUUGGAUCAAGUAUUGUAUCACAUAAUAUUUGAUCAUAUAGGUAUGUGGAAAGGUCUGAUUUAAAGUUGUUUGAGUUAGGCCUAUAGUGUUUUUGAAAUGUCUUGAUUUAAUAACUUUUGGCUGUUUACGGGGAACGGAAAUUUUUCUCUGUAUAUACAGGGUGUAUCAAAAAAAGCGCAACCUCGGAAUUUCACAAGAAAUCGACAUUGUUUUAAAGACAAAAGAUUUUAGGCGCCUGGGAAUUUAAAAUAGCAUAACUGUCAAAAUUACUGCACACGCGAGUGCAUAAAGCAAAAUUUAUGCAUUUAUUUAAUGCACAACAACAGUAAUAUGAUCUAUUAGCAAUUCGAUUUCAAUUCCCAGGGGCCUAAAAUCUUUUAUGCUUAAGAAUUGCAAAGUGAUUUCUUAGGAAAUUCCGAGGUUGCGUUUUUUUUUAUACACCCUGUAGAUUAAGCUGUGACACUUAUCUCCAGAUGCAAUAUGAAUUUAUCAAUUCCGAUUUAUUUGUGAAUGCUAUAUCUAUUAAGGUUUUACUAUUAGCUGUAAUUCGCGUUGGAUUACUAAUUGCUGAAAUUGUUGAAAUUGAAAUGUCUGUGCACCUCCAGCAAGUUUGUCUGAGCGUUAGCGCUGUUACUAUCCAAACGAGACCAAUCGCUGUUGUAAUCCCCAAGUAAAACGACUUCUUUGUUUUCAGAGUCCAUUUAGGUAAUUAAAUCCUCAAAUGCAUUGAAUAUUUCAAGUGUUGUAUUGGGUGGUUUAUAACAACUAUUAUAAUUUAAAAUGGUUUGGCUUUUGGUUUUGAAAUUUCAAGUGCGAUUGUUCCGAAUUGGCUCCAGUAUGGCUUCUUCUGUAAAACCCUGAAUCAAUCUGAAAUUCACCCUGACCCUCCCAAAACCCCUCGAAACCUCAAAGCACACCAGAAACUUACUGCAAUUAGCGUCGAACACAACAAUUUGUAUAUUUAUGAGCCAUUACUUGAAUUGAUAUCAUUAGCCCGAAUUUUUUUAUUGACUCUUGGAAUUUUCGCAAUAGCUUCGUAUGUUGUUAUAGUUUUCUUUUUUCAUUCUUCGUCAAGAAACGAGCAUGAUAUGUAGCAAUCAAUGAGUCUCUACUGCUUUUAAAAUUAAUGUUUAUAAGCAGCUGGUGUAUACGUAAUCAUUUCAUUGAUUAUGCACAAUUUUUAAACUUGCUGAUUCCCUUAGAAUUUUCAACAAGUUUAUUGGGAUGUUGUUCCAAUAUGCUGCUCUUCUGUACGAAAAGCUAUUUUUCAAGAAACUCGUUUUGGUUUAGGUUGAAACCAGGGGCGAAAUUAUCCCCUUUUAGUAGGGGUUGUCUGGCGGAAUUGCCUUGCUAAAACCAAUGAUGCCCUGCAUGCAGCGUGCAGUGUCACUGCUAAUACACUACAUCACUAAUUUAGCUAUAUAUAAUACGUGUAUAAUUGAACUGCCGAUACCAAAGUACAUGCAUACGAACUGCUUAUUGUUUGCUAGCUGUAAUAAGUUACUCUACAUUCUAUCAUUUAAAGUCUUUGAUUGCCCUGCCAAUUGGGAUGAUUCGUAUUUUGGGGAAGGGGUGCCACACCCCCCAUACCUCCCUCAAGUUUCGCCCCUUGUUAAAACGGCUUUAAAUUACUGCUGCGCAAUUUGUAAUUAAUCAUUAUGUAUGUAUAAUGCCAUUAAUCACAUUUUCAAAAUUAAGUCAAGAGGUUUUCAAGUAAAUUUUUGAAAAUUUAGUAAUUAAAAACAGUAAUUAAAAUGAACUAAUGGGCCAUACAUAAUUUGUAGCGCAUCUAGGUUUUUCUCAAAUGAUUAAUAUUUUUUUUUUAUCUUGUUGCAUUGUUUUUCAUUCUGCAUGUUCCAGCUAAGAUUGUUGUCUAUAACUAUAUCCAGAACUUCUUUUUUAUAAACUCGUUCAAUUUUAUGUCUCUUUAUAAUUAUUUUUGGAACGUGAUUUAAGUUUUUGAAUCGUUGCCGAGAUCCAAUAAUCAUAUAUUUAGGUUUUAAUUGUGUCAAUGUUUUGAUAACCAUUCUUUCUUCGUUUGCAUACACACCACACUAACAAUAGAAGCAUAAUGAUGGCGCAUAGUAUUGCUAUCGCGACUCCCACAGCAUUGCCAAUUCCAAAUUUACGUACACUACACACGAACUUGUCCCAGCCAGAUAGUUCAAGGGAGCUAGGAGCAGAACUAGCCUCGUCCUGGAGUUUUUUGCUUGACAACUGUGUAUUACUGAGGAACAUAGACAAGUGCUGGUAGUGCUCAUCUUUGUACCAGUCUAUCACUUGUAUGGAUAUAGUAUCAUCUUCUGGACACCAGUAUGAACCAUAGACCUUACCAGUGUGCAUCACCAGGUCAUUCAUUUUCCUCACGAGUCUUAGUGACUCACGUCGGCGAUCUGCCAUGUAUAGCACGUCAGUCAUGUUAUCCUUGGCAUAGUUGUUAAUUAUCUUUAAACCAGAGGCGCCAUAGAGAACAUAAACAUCUGCACCAUUAUCUCCAAAAAGCAUGUCAUUCCCAUCAUUAGGAUAUAGGAAAUCAUUACCACCUCUCCCCUUCAAAACAUUGUUGUCACCAUUACCAGCCAAGAUAUCGUUAAACUGUGAGCCGAUCAAGUUAUCGAUACUGAUAUAUACAUCAUUCAUUGCGUCGCCACCAAAUCCCUGGCCAAAUAACAGAUCCAAAAACACGCCCGUACGGUUGUAAAUAUCACCUUUAAAUAUGACAGUGUCUCGUCCAAGUCCUCCGUCGAUCCUGUCCGGGCCCUCGCCUGGGUAGAUCAGGUCAUCACCUAAACCACCAAGUAUCCAGUCUUGGCCUGGCCCCCCUACAAGGAUGUCAUUUCCCAAUUGGCCAUCGAUGAGGUCAUCUCCUUCUCCACCUUUAAUGACGUCAUCUUGAUUAUUACCUUCAAGUAGGUCGGGAUAUCCGCCUCCCGUAAGUGUUACUGAGUUUAGAUUGGCUGUCAGAUGAUUUGGGCCUUUUGCUGCCCCAUAUACUUUAAUAACGUUAGCCCAUGUGUAGUUAUCACCAAGGUUGAUGGCCACUCGACCAUGCAUGGAAUGUUUGUCUAUCAAAAAUGCUUCUGGGAGGUACGUGUUAUUCGAGAAGUGGAAACUUAUUUUAUCUCUUGUAACGCCAAUCAAAUGUUGCUGCUGAGGAUUUUUCUUGUAUCCCAGCACUGUCACUGUCUGAUUACUUACCGAGAUCGCGUGGUGACUGUCGUUUGCAUUGUGCACGCUUCUCAGUAAGAUGAGGUCGUCUUCAUGCUGUUGAACUGCAAGGUUCAUAUAAUUAUCUUGCAGUUGUACUGUAUCGGUUUUAUUGUCACUUGCAAAAUUAUCUACGACGACGUUACCGGAGUGGAUUAUGUAGGUAUCAGAACCAUUACCUCCCUCUACGUGGGACCAAUUUCCUCUUGCUUCGAUUAUGUUGUUUAUUUGGUUACCAAUUAACGUGUUUGAUGUGGACGUGGACCCAAUGAUUCUUUGAACUGUCUUCCAUUCGUCAUGCGUUGCGUCGAUUGUCACGCUUGUGUGCGAACUCGACUUGUCUAUCACCACCGGUAUUUUGACAAUGGCGUGGUUUUGUUGCAGAGGCAAUCUGAAUACUACUCCAUCAAUAGACUUUACAACAAGGUGCUGGUAAAACUCGUUUCUGAACCAUCCGCGCAGGCUUGCACUGAACAGCGGGCUUUCUCCACACCUAGAUGCAUUAGUUUUAGGUGGUUGUGCGCAUGCCUGAAUAAGAAGAUCCUUGACUUCCAUUGCAAUAAUUAUGUUGUCAUAGGAACAACCAAAUAAGAGAAGAUCUUGCUUACGGUCCAUUGCUACAUUUACAAUAACGUCAUGUCCAUCACCCUUAUGUAGUGUAUAGACGUCAGCUCCCAAUCCUCCCUCAAGCCUGUCAUUUCCUUGCUUUCCAGAUAAGAAAUUAUUUCUGCCAUUACCAAUUAUUACAUCAUCGAAAGGGGAACCGACAACUGCCAACACUGAGCCAUAAUGCGCAUGUGCGGUAAGAUUCAUGUAUUGAGAUCCUAACAUAUGUUCAAAGUCUAUCAAAUAUGGAGUGAGAAUAACUUGUUCACUGCCAUUGGUAGAGAUUUUAAACACAACCCCAUCAGAAGACAAGCAGCUGAGGUGUUGGUAUGAGACGUUAACAAACCAAUGUACAAUGUUCACACAGAUGGCGGUUUCGCCUUUACCAUACAACUGUACUGAUUCGUCUGCAGUCCGUUUUACUUCAAUUUCGUCAAACUUAAAAUUGAGCGAUAACAAGUCAACUACAUCAUCAGUGGCAAAGUUAUCUAUAGUGUUGCAAUCGUCUUCCUUGUUGAUUGAAUAUUUGUCGGCCCCUGGGCCACCUAUUAAGUAAUUAUUGCCCCUGCCGCCUGCUAAAUGAUUGCCCAAUGUGUUUCCUAUCAGCGUAUCCGAGAAACUAGAGCCGGUAAUCACAUAUACGUGCGACCAGAUGGCUAACGACGACGUGUCAAUCACAUGGUUAUUCUUCUGUUGAGCGUUUGAAUGAUCGAUAGCCACAGCGCGUAAAUCAGGCUGCCCAAGAGCUGUGGUCGCAACUUCAAAUAUCACCCCAAUUCUGGCCUUAAACCUGAGAUGGCGGUACGCCACAUCACUAAACCAUUUUUUUAAAGUAAUAGUGUGAUCUGUGGUGUGAGCGAGCACAAGAUUCUGACCUUCCCUGGUUGCCCAUAUCCUACUAAACUCCACGUCAAUGGAAAGGAAAUCGUCGAUGUUGUCUUUCGCAUAGUUAUUAAUUUCUGUAAGCCCUCCAUAAUCAGGGACAAUAUAUGCAUCCGCACCUUCCCCUCCCUCAAUAUGGCUUUUUUGUGGUCCAAGGAAAAACGUAUCAUUGCCACCAUGCCCGUACAGUUGGUAGAAAUAAUCUCCUAAGGAAUAGCCUAGCUUGCUAAUAAUACUUUCAUCGAGUUUUUGUACUGUGAAAAACUUGUUGUUUUUUGAAUUGCCGUGAUACGUUCCAUGCAAGCUUGAUCUUUCAUCCUUAUGACCUGAGAUGACGGUUUUGGAGUGAACAGGUAUAAACCACAAGAACUUAAUUUUUAUCUUUUUCCAGCUGAGUGAUGAAGCUUCUCCGAUCCCAACGACGAUGUCUUGCACAUCACUGUUGAGCGUAAAAGUUUUAGUCAAUGAUCGCUGAUGGCCGCUUGUGUCAGGGAUUUCUUCGAGAGUCAACUUUGCCAUUCCAUCCUCUAAUAAAAUGAAGUCGAUACUCCCUCCCUUCCACGAAGUUGAACCAUCAGCAAAAUUAAUUAAUUCUGGGCCACCAUUUUUUUCCUUUUCAAUUUUGAAGUAGUUGGCAUAGUUAGACAGCUUAUGAACGUAAUCUACGUCCUUGUCAUGUUCCUUGUCAAGUUUAUGGGAGUUUGUAAUGGCUGCAAAAAUCAUACCAGGCAGAGUAAACUGCUCCCAGAUAUCAAAGCUUGCUUCACCAAUACCUUUAAAGACAGCUUCUAUCUUCUUGCCGACACUUGCAUCAGAAGGUAAACUUUUUAUCUCCAUACUAAUUUCAUUAUAAAAAUCAUCAAUCCCAAGUCGAACAAUACGAAGUGCCAUGCUCAGUGGCUCAGCCUCAGGACCAAGUGUAUCUGUUAUCGUAAUGGCUGCGUCUAGGCCAGCAUCGAUAUAACCGAUUGUUGAAUGCCUAUUGAUAUCUUCCACUAUGUUAUACACCGCAAACCCGACGCCAAUGAAACUACCAAUCCCGUCAUCUAGGACCUUAAUCAUUUCCUCGCUUGCUACUUUGGAUACCACGGCUUCAAUGUUACUAAAUGACUUGCUGAGCACUUUGGAAAGUGCUUUGCCAGCUAUGCGACUAAUGCGGCUAUUAAGUUUUGAAAUUGCACCCAGUCCGUAAAGACUUUGAUCCAAAUUUACCGCUCCGGCUACACUAUCUCCAUCUUCAAACUCAGCGAUUGCACCACCUAACCCACUGAUUGUCAAAUAUACAUUUAUCACUUCAUGUGAAUCAUGUAUCUUGCCUCCAGCUUCAACAUUUGGGUCCAUCUUAACUAGUUCAUCGUUCAUGUUGUCCAACAUCUCUUUUGAUUUAAUUUUUUCAUGUUCAAUCGUAGAAGAAAGUUCGGUAAGUGUAUUCGGAUCGUUAUUCUUGACUACCUUAAACUUGAGUUGAUCACCGUCAAGUUGAAGGGAGUCGUCAAUAAAUUUUAGGUUUUUAACGUCCUGAUGGCUUAUUUCUUCUCGAAUGGUUUCUUUGAUCUUCUUUUGGAGGUAAAUGUGAUCUUGUUCCAAAGCCAUAGACAUCAUUAAUGAUCUACCUCUUCCCUCUACACUAUUACUACGCAUCCUGAUAUCGUGGACUUCACCAAGCGAUCCACUUGUUUCCUCCGGCUGCAACUCCUCUGUCGUAAGUCUUUUCUUAGCAAAUGCCUUGAAGAGAUUUUCAUCGGAAAUCUUAUUAUCUUUGCGGUUUUUAAUCGAUUUAGACAGCUUGGAUCUCACUUGUGAGAAUUCUACUUCAUCCACACAACGAAGGUCACAGUUUUUAAGUUCACGUGUCUGAGUAGUCAGCCACAAUCUGAUGAAUAUAAAAAAUUAAAGUAGAAGUCGUGUUAAAUCUAUAUGUUUACCUCACUAGCAUAUAGAAAAUCGAGAAAAAAUAUAGGGAAAGUUGGUUUCUGUAUGUUUCCUAAAUUACCUUAUUUAGUUUAAGGAGAAAAAUAAAAUUUAAACAGUUGCCGUGUACUCACAAACUUUAAUCAGAGCAAAUUAAUUUAAACAACUAACUGAAAUAAAUUACUCAAUAUAUAAUUUGAACUUUAUUAAGUUAAAAACAGUUUAUCGGCAAAAGAAGUUUAGUUGAAUAAACCUUUCAAAACAGUUUACGAAGCGUUUCAGAUUACAUUUUAAAUUAUUUAAAUCAAAGCUUACAAACUACAAAACAACAUACCUUCAGUAUAUAUUUUGGAAAUUCAUUGCUGUACAGUUAAAAGUACUAUUAAUCUUUCAACUAUUUUUGCCAUUUUGUACAAAAAAUAUAAAAAAUUUAAAAUUUUUAGAAUGAUUGUGUUUGUAUGGCAACACUUGACACACAACGCGAACCUGCCUUCAGUAUUGGCCAAUUACUAAUAUUUCGUGUUAAAUCGAUGUUUGGAAAAUAUAGGCGAGGUAUUGUUGCAUGUAUGUAUUUUUAGUACUGUUACAAUUGUAAUUCUUACCUCACAAAACUAAGUUCCUUUGGUCUGACCGACUCUUCAUUCUCCUCGUUAAGCCCUUGAAACCCAGUGAACUCCUUUUUAGGCCACGUGCCGCCACGUGCCAUGGGAUGAUUAUCAAGAAACUCGGCGCUAGUUAGCCGUCCGUUUUGAUUCAGAUCAAUAGCCAUCAUGUUAAUCGCAUGUGUCCUAAAGUUUCGGCAGCUCUCUGCUAAAAACACGGCGAGCGACAGAGAGGAUUCAUAAAAUGUUGGGUUUUUCGCCCUUGUAAGAUCCUGGUUCUUGCCUUUUAUCCACGUCUCUGCCACAUGUAGCGAGUACUUCCCUUUCAUUCUGUUUCGCAUGUUCUGAUAUGUUGGAUCAAAGUUUUUAGCGGCUUUUAACUGCGACGUAAUCUCAUCUGGUAACUUUUCUUUUAUUUCCCCAUCUCUUUUUAUUAUGCCUACGAAAUCCGUUCCCACACAGAAGUUUUUGAGAUUAAAACUGAUGACCCAGUCUCCAAAUCUGUAGUAUUCAAUAGCUUUACCAUUAUACACUCCCACAAGGCCUAGCCAGUUGAUAUCACCAACUAGUUGUUCAUAGCUCUGCACCUCGCGUAUGUUGGGCACGAUAGUCUCCUUUACGUGUUGUGUUUGCUCGUCGAAAGUAAAUACCCUUUGUUCGCUAACAGCUGCUCCCACGUUAAUCUGAUAUUCCGUUUUGGGGCUUCCAGUUUCCUUUACGGUAACUUCGUGGCCUUUGUUUUUAACGUAUUCAUAAUUCCCUUUUGGUAAUUGAUUUUUCUCGACAGCCUUUUGUACAGCCUCUUGUACCAGAUUAUUGUAUUCACUGGUAAACGUUGUCUCGGUCUUCUUAAUUAAAUAGCUAUCCAUCUGUUCCCAGCUCACGUAGGAAAAAUCUAGUGGCUUGCCCUUCUUAUUAGACAUAAGUACGAAAAUGUCACCUAUCUGCAAGUAAAAUGACAAAAUAUGAAGUAGGUUUUCCAACACAACUAAUAUAAUUAAUUAACCCUGAAUUACGUAAAAAAACUAGUUUAUUUGUCAUAGCUGAAAUGAUGAAGUUUAUUCUGUAGUUCAGCUUAAUUGUUUUUUCGAACCGUGCGCAAAAUUAUGCAAGCAGAUUCGUUGCUAAGUGAUUCGAAAUUUUACGAUAUUAACUGCAUGGGAACACGUUCUACUAUAGGGUCCAAUAUUCUAUUUAACAGAAUUUGAGAGGAAAAUGAAAGAAAACACUAAGAAAUGCAAUGAAUACAGCCAUGACUGUGGAGAAAUUAUACAUCAAUGUAAUAAUUCUGCAUGAAAACAAGAAUUCCUUUUCAAACAUGAUAAAAAUUGGUUAAAAACAUAAGAAUAAUUGCAAAUGUGGAUAAUGACAGAUUUCAUGUAUUAAUAGGAAAAUCACAUCAAAUGCAUGUUAAAAAUGACUGAAAAUAUAUUCAGCAAAAACAUACACAUUUUGCAACAAUUUUAGCUUUUCCAAGUUGUCAGAUAUGACUAAAAUGAUACUAAAUCUCUAAGAAGAAAAAACUGCUAAAAAAUUUGGGCAACAUUUAUUGUUUUUAGCAAAGUUAGUAAAAGGCAUGUGAAUAAAAGGGGGAAAAAAAGAGGAAAAUGUUAUAGUUCCAAAACAUGUCUGGAGGCAGCCACAGUCAGUGAAAAUUAUAUAUGAAGAACAUGUCACCUUCGAUACAUCGAAAACUCUAAACUAUGUAAUGCUUCGAUACAUCGAAAGAUUUCAAUUUCCACAAUAUAUCGAAAGAGUGCCAUUUCCUCGAUAUACAGUAUCGAAAGAAUGCCAUUUCUUCAAUAUAUUAAAAAGAAUGCCAUUUCUUCGAUAUAUCAAAAGAAUGCCAUUUCUUCGAUAUAUCAAAAGAAUACCAUUUCUUCGAUAUAUCGAAAGAAUGCCAUUUCUUCGACAUAUCGAAAGAUUGCAAAUUCCUCGAUAUAUCGAAAGAUUGCAACUUCCUCGAUAUAUCGAAAACUAAACUAUCCAUGGCUUCAGCAUAUUAAUGCCAUUCCUUCGAUAUGUCAAAAGAUUGCCAUUUUUUCAGUAUGUCGAAAACUCUAAACUAUCCAUGGUUUCGAUACAUCAAAGAAAUGGCAUUGUUUCGAUAUAUCGCAGAAAUGACAUUCUGAAAAACCAAAAGGAUGUCAUGUCUUGCCAAAACAAGCCAUGUUUGAAAUAUUGAUAGUAAAACAACAAAGUAUAGGGCACAAUUCAGCUCAAUGGGUUAGCAAUAUGGUAUACACUCAAAAUAUAACACAUUCUACGAUAGUGUUGCAUAUUCUAUUUAGCUUUUAUCAAAAUAAUCGCAUGUACAGUCAGGGCCGCCAAGAGAGAGAGGGGGGGGGGGCGAAUUGCCCUGGGCUCUCACCUUAAUAAGGCCCAGAGCAUUUUUGAAAUUGAGGGCCACUUACAGAGUUACAGUACCUACACAUGCAGUCUAGCUAAGGUUUAGUUGGGUCUAGCUUUAAAAUAAUAAUGUCAUGCCCCCCCCCCCCCAGGGAAG